AUAGUUAAAUGACACAAGCGUAGAGUAUCGGGUGUUAUUGUUUGUGUGGCCGACAGCAGCUCGUUGAGACGACCGUGUACCGGUGCUGUACGGGCGUGAAAUCGGGAGUUUUAACUGUAACCUCAAACAGGCAGCUAAAAUGGGUGCCGGUCGCAGCUCGGAGGCUGAAAGACAGCCGCUUAUGAUCCCUGCUAAUGGUGAGACACACACUCUGCCAGUGCACAGCAGAGUGUACAAGAGAAGAUGGCUGGUUCUGAUGCUGUUCUGUCUGCUGGGACUACUGCAAGGGAUGGUGUGGAACUUCUGGGGUCCCAUCCAGGUCUCGGCGGGUCACGCAUACGGCUUCACUAAGUCAGACAUCGCGCUUCUGGUGCUGUGGAGCCCGCUGGGUUUCAUUCCCUUUUUCCUGUUCAUGUGGUUAAUGGACAAAAAAGGUGAGCUGUUGUUGUUAUUUGGUACACUGUGUCCUGUCCUCAAGUUCUGGUCCUAUCAGUGUACCAAACCUUUCAAAAACCCUAUAAUAUUUUUAGAUGCUUCGUGGUUCAAACACUCGCAAGUCUGUUGUUUUUGUUACAUGACAUCCUACACCUGAUAGUGUUAUCAUUCAGGUUAGUGGUGAUAUCUGGGGUUACAUGUCCUAACUUCUGAGAAUAAGUAACUUGGUCGAUUUUGUAGAUAUUUUGUGAAGCUUAUCACAGCCAAAUUAAAUAAAUGAAAUGAAUAAGUACAUAAAAAUUAAAAAAAAAAAAGAAAAAAAAAAUGUAACUCUGCUAAUGUGGUGUAUUUUGAUGAGCGUUAUAAAAGUGGCCACAAUGCUUGGGUAGUCCUAUAUCAUUUGUGAUUUACUUUGAUUUUGUUACAUACACCAAGUCAAGAUUCAGCUCAAAAAACAACUGAUAAUAAUUUGUAAUAAUACUAAACAGACAGAGAAGAAGAAUUUUGAUAAAAAAGCAGAAAAAGCCAUUAGUUUUACUUGCCAAACAUGAGCUCCACAUUCAUCAACUACAGCAGUAAAUUCCUACUUGACAAUAAAUGUUAAUAGCAUUACAUUCACAGGGGACGUACUUCUGCAUUACUUCUGCAAACUCACUCCAUGUUUUCUGAAAAUACAAGAUUUUUUCUUGAGUAAUAUUUCAAGUUCAGGACUUUUACUUGAUUAAGAUUAAUCUUUUCAAUGUGGCUUUUGUUAUAAGAUUUUGGGAUUAGGAUUUGAAUUCAGUACAAUAGCUCUUAAGCCUGGACACUUUGCUGCAUGUCAUUUUUCCAAAAGGUAGAGAAUAAAAAACAAAGUCACAAGUAGACAUCACAAGACCAACAAGGCAGGGGUGAAUUACAGACUGAGUGGAGGUGACUAUAUUUCACCUCAUCUUACCCCGACGGCCACCAUGUGUGUUGAAAAUACACCUAUCACAUUGGAUUUACGUUGUUUCAAGCAAAUACAAAAUAUUCUCACAAGACAGACACAGAAAAACCUUAAUUUUGAAGAGCGUUGUCUCCAAUACUUUCUUCAGUGCAUGACUACAAAAACCUUUUUAACACGUUGGAAAAUAUACUGGCCAGAGCAUCUGGUGUGUAAUUCUCUAGGUUGGAUUUCCCCUGCUUUGUUGACUACAAAUACUAUUAAACAGACACCAUAGAGUCGGAUAGUACACCAUAAAUCCCUAUAUUGUUCUCUCCACAGUGCAGCUGUAUUUUCAGGCGCUGUAAUCCUGUCAAUGGUAGACGUCAAGGGCAUCGUGCUGUUAUAGAAAACCUUUCCAAAGAUCUUGGGCAUUAUUCUGCCAGGGUUUUUGGCUGUGAAGUUUGCCCGAAUUCAGUAUUUGCAUGUCUACCUGUGUUUAGUCUCUGGGCUGUACUUGGCCUUCCUUGAGUGUAAAUGUUAACUUCAGUAGCUAGAAAGAAGCAGAGCUAACAUAAGAGAAGACAUUAAUUUUUUGACAUUUUUGGCUUCAACUUAUUUCAUUCUUUGUUGUUAUUGGCUGCCAUUAAGUUGUUGUUUAAGGACACAGUUUGUAGAAGAGGAAAGUAAUAGAUGUGCCAGUUAGAUAAUAAAUAUUGGACUAGGGCAGUAACUUGGGUGCUUCUUGAUACAUGAAACUAACAGAUUUGAGAGUACUUGAGGCAUGAGCUAUGCUGGCAUUGGUUCUAGAUAUGGCCACUUUAUUAUGUUAAAAAUCAUAAUCCAAAAUAUUUUGGUUGUUUUUGACAUUUUUCGAAACGAACAUUGUCACCCUCCUCUUACUCACUCUAUCCCUCUGCUUCACUAACACACACCUGUUCCUCCUGCUCCUCCUAGCAGAGUUACACACCUCUUCUCUCUCCACCUGCGGCUGCUUGAUGGUUUGUACUGCUGUAGCACAACAUGUCGAAGAUACAGCAGCUGCCACUUGACACAUUUUUGGGGUAUAAGCAGUUUCUCUGUACCCCCAAACCUUGUGAAGCACUAAUCUGAGCUCUUGGUCAUGAUGUCUAUGUAGGUUCUCAUUCAUCCAGGUUAUCCAAUUCUUUGUUGAAAGGGCAAUUGGACUUCAAGCCCAGUUACCCUUAGUCUUAGUGCUUUCAUAUCUACUUUUUCAUUUCACUUUGUCUACAAAUGGCAAAAUCAAUGAAAAGAUAUUUACAUUUAGAAGUAUGACACUUGAAUAAGCAACCUAUACUUAUUUUAAGAGGCAAGUAAAUGAUUUGGAUUUUUGCAGGACACCAAGGGUUUUCAGAUAUCCAAGUGAAAUUUUAAACUUGCUUAUGGCCAACACUCGAAUGGUAUUUUGAGACUUCUCUCUUUAAAAACUGCUACGUUCAGGAGGAUACAAAAACCACAGAACAUUCUCAAAGUGCCUCAGCAUGCAGAAGAGCUCUUGACGGAAAGCCACUGAGUCAGAGAGCACUUCACCUAACCAGUUCCUCCACAUCAGCUGAUGGAUAUGUAUUAUAUCAUGUGUGGGCACAACUGUCAGGCGACAAUAAACAUUUACAGGGCAGUAACAUCAUAAUAGCAACCAGGCUGAGGGUGAAUUAUACACAACAAGCACAAUCUUGGCAAGAAAUUACACAACUCACCUUGUGAUUCUGAAUCAUAUGUGGUUUUGGGUGUCUUGUGUGCUUUAGUAUGUAAGAGGUUGCACGCUAUAGCUGCUCUGAGUUAGCAGGAUAAACUAAGAUUUUGCCCAGCUUAAAGCAGAAUCUGCCGUAUCACUCAGCACUGCAAUUAUAGGCUGGGUGGAUCAUGUGUUCAACUUCUUUGAACAACUACAUGGCAUCCUCAGGUUGUGCUGGGCUUUUAAUUGUUGACUACACACCCAGUCUUUUUUGUAGGCUUUCAAAUUCACUGGCUCUGCUCCAGCUUGCCUCUGUGGAAAGUGUUUGGCUUCCCUCAGAGAGUUUGUCUCCCUGAAGGUAGAGACAUGAUGAUCAACAACAAGUUAAAUACCAUCCAAGAGAGGCUCUCAAAAUCUAGCCAUAAGGCCACCAUAAUGGGACUAUAAAAUACAUACUGUUUGAUGUUACAGAGUUUGUCAGUAAGCUAGGACAAAAGAUGAUUUAAAGCUCCUGUGGGGAGUUUUUAGCUGGUUGUAAAACAGACUGAUAUUCGACACCUUUUUUAAAGCUACCAAUGCCAACAAAACAUCAAAAACCAGAAAUGUCAGUUCUGUAUAGCUAUUUUUGUGCUAGAAGCUGCUGCUGGAGGGUAGGUGUCUGAUAAAGUGGUUCCCAGAGUGUUGCAGAAAGAACAGUUUCCUGCAUGUUUCCCCGACACUUAUGUCAGGAAGUGAUAUCUUCAAAGAAAGCAGGAUAAGGUUUUUAGUUAAAAGAACUUCAUACGCAUGUUUAGAAAAGAGAAGACAAGACAUACUGUUCCAUUAAGAGCUUUAGGUGUGAGGCUAUAAAGCUGGUAAAUCUUGUUUGUUACCCCCCAGCCCUUUUUUCUCAAAUGUAGGUCACUAUCUUUGUGUGUCACAAAAUCCAAAUGCAACAAGUAAAAAUACUUUCUCUUAUGCAUUACAGCAAGUCUGAUAUAAUCUCUGGAACAACAUCACUAUGACACAAAGCUGCAGAAAUACGAUCUGAUUAACUGAUAAGCUUCUGCACUCACUUCAUUAUGUCGUUCACUGAUAAGAAAAUAAUCAAACGAGAGGGGCUGAGACUCUCUGAAAAAUGUAUUGUAUUGGUUGCUGUCUGGAUAUUGAGUUGAAGGUGAAGUGUGCAGUAUUUAGCUGCAUUUAUCCAAACAGACUUGGCAGAAAUGGAAUAUUGUUUUUAUAACUAUGUUUGUUUUAGUGAAUAAUCACCAGAAUAAAUUGAAAAGCAUGUUGUUUUUGAGCAUAUCGUGUCUACACAGAAGCUGGUCCUCUUCCAUAGAGGCCACUGUUAUGCAUUGCCAUGUUCCUACAGUAGCACAGUGGGCAAACUAGUGGCAUUUGCAUUUUGUAUUGAGUGAGUAGCUGCGCAAAGAAGACAAAAAACUGUCUUUGUUGCAUGCAAAAGAUUUGUAUUGACAGUUUCAGUGUCACUGUGUUCCUAAACCCAGCCUCAAAUAACCAUAAAGCACAGAUGUCUUUCAGAUUCUUCAUUGACCAUAACAUAAUCCUGUUGAGGGAUUCAUUGACAGGCGAUGUAGUAAAACACUGCACAGAGGUAAACGUCUGACUUUGAAACCUAAAGAAGACAGCCUGACAAACUCCCAGCAUGCACCAUGAGCUUGUAUUGGCAUGUUGUGACCUGUAUUUCCCAUCCUGGAUCAAUGGAACUCAGUCCCAGCCAGGUCCUGUCUGACUGCUGCUGAAGUAUUGACCAAUGUGGAGAUCUAUGUAAAGCCUCUGCAGCUGACAGCUUACAUGGAAAGAGAGAAGAACAGGGAAGUGGAGAGAGUUUCUCCGAGUGGGCAUCAUGUGGGUGAAACUGAGAGCAGACACUUCUGUUUGUGAGAGGCCUCUUUGUCGCUGUGAUUGCUGUCAUACGGGCUUCAUUGAACAGGGAUCGGGAUUCCUGUUGUCUUCCUACAUAUUUGAUGAUACAAUCAGCCACACACUCACUCAGUCACCUCUUUAUGUGACACAGCUGGCUAAAAAUAAUGCAGUUAUUUUUAAGACCGCAGCCUGACGACAGAGACAGGAAUAUCUCUACUUUGUCAAUCCUCAACAUUUAGCAGACUACAAACCGCAUUGUACCCAAAGUCCAUUCAGCUCAGUUAACAUCUUAUCCAAAAGAGAUUACAGUUUUUACAUAUUUUUCUUUCUUUUUUUUUUUUUUGCAGGCCUGGUGUAUUAGAGUGUUUUUGGAUUAAUCAUGCAACGCGUGCAAUACAGUCGUCUGAGUUUCUUAGGAAAUAAAUUUUUGCAAGCUUAAGCUUCUUAAAAGUGGGAUUUGUAUUGUUUUCCGGUUUAUGUCAUUGUUAAUCAAAAACCUUUUAUUUUGACAGCUCAUCAGAUAAAAUCAGCGUUUAGAAAAGUCUGAAUGAAUGAUGAGCUGUAACUGUUACACUGGACUAAAUAUCAAAUCAAUGUUUUAAUAUCAGGAUGAAGAUUGUCUAUAAUGGCAGUCCUGCUCUCAAAAUGAGACGAUUUCAUGUAUGUUGGUGAGCUCAGCAGACCCUGUUCACAUGUAGCAUCAAUAUCAGACCAAAGAGAUCAGACCUCUCUGUUUGUCGUCCUGCUCAUGUGUGUGAGAGUGCAGCCUUCACCCUGGGGUGGCAAAAAACAUAAUCUUAAUUUAACGCUUAUUUUAAAGUCUAAUGAAGGAGACUGGGGCUGCACAUUAAUUAAGUAAAAUUUGAUUACAAGUGAUGAACACCCACAAAGCAGCUAACAUAUGAUCUGAUUUAGACAUCUGUAUAUAUAAACAUCUUUUCUGUCUUCCAGGUCUGAGGGCGUCCCUCCUUCUUUCAGGGUUCUUCAUGCUGCUUGGAGCGAUUUUGAGGUCCCUCCCAUUUACAGAGCAGCGUCUCAGACGAUGGUAAGACUCCUCCGGAAACAUUGUUGUAGUGGACAGUAAACAGGUGCUUGAAGUGAGAUGGUGAGCUUUUGAAUUGUAAAGCAGACUCUUGAUCUCCAAUGUAGUCACAAGUCUUGUAUUAUCUUAAAUACUUGGAUUUAUUAGGUAGGCCUUCUCGUAUUAAUUUGCAGCAGGUUAGUGGUAUUACAGGUUGUAAUAAGUGCAGUCCAGAGAGACCGAGUCUGAUAGAAGUAACAAUGAAUAGGUUCAUCACUUUGUGAGAGCCUGGGUGAGCAAAAAGUUGGUAUCAUCUACAGUGUGUACUACCAAUAAAAGUCUGUCCUGUGACCUGACAAAUUCAGAUUUGACAUUCCUUUUGGAAACCAUGGAUGCUGCAUCGUCCACUCUAAAGCAUUGGUCGACAUUUCCCUUUUAAAAGUGCAGAAACUGCUCUGCUCGUUUCCCAUGUUUUUGCACCUUUAUCAAUUAAAUUAGGUUUCUACUUCUGAUCUAAUAAAAGGAGAAAUGCUCUUUAAAGAAACUCAGUCCAUUAUUCUGUCAUCCCAAUAUUUAUGCUCCACCUAUAAGUUGCAUAACUUUCUACAAGGCCCUUAAUGUCCCCCAACACACAAGCAUGAAGAUAGAUGAUGACAGAUGAGCAGUCCAGCCCUGCUGGGUUAGGCUGUACACUGUAAUGAGUAUACUGAGAAAUAAGAUAAAGAAUUAAAAUUGAAAUAAAAAAGUAGAAGAUCACAGCAUUUUUUGUUUUGACUGCUGUGAAGUAGAAUCACUAAGAUUGGUCACUUUUAGAGAUGGGCCAACACGUUAGCUGUGGCGUUGUCUAUAGCAGCAGCAGCUGAUUGACGUCUUUAGAGCAACAUCCCCCAAACUAGCUCCAUGUAAGUGAGGAUGAGCCGUUCUGAAUAACUGAGCGUAUUCUGUGGCUGGUGGCUUUUGUGUUUUUUUUUUCUCAUGGCUUUCACUUAUUUUCUAUAAUUUGAGUCAUGCAGACAACUGCUAGCUAGGCUUGUUGUGAACACUGCAUUUGCUCUCAGUGCACGUACACUCCAGUCUCUCUUCCUGGACUCUUAAAGUGUGUUUUAAUUGUUUUUUUGCAAAAUGAGUGACAUACUUGAGAGUGUCACUUUACAUUUGAUUAGAACAAAGAUUAAGUAACAACAUAUUUGUUGUUGUUGCUGUUGAGCAAAGUACAACAUGCAGUAGUCCUUUGACAGUGGCUUGUAGAGGCAGUCUGUGUUCAGCUGUAUUGAUCUCAGCCAAGGUCCUUUGCCCUUCUUCAAAGCAGAGACCUGUAACUGAUCAGCCGACAGUCAGGAAGCAUUUGGCUGCCUGUGACAGACAGUUCAAUACUUUGUGGAUCCUUUACACUCCUUUUAUGUGUCCUUGCCGCCCUUUUCCUCUCUUAUCAGACAGUUCUUCAUUGGAAGACAGGCCAUCACGGGGACACAUAAAACUUCCAUUAUUCUCUGCGUUUCAUUCUCAGUUUUUCUCAUGAGUUCACCGUUCCCCUUUUAGAAAGAGCAAGAAGGUCAUUUUGAUUAUAAUUUGCCUUUUACAAAUGUAAUUUCAUUGAAUAUUUCUGAGUGGUAAUCUGCCUGAUAAUUGCUAUUGGGCUCCACAAUGGGGCAGUUCAUCAUAAAAUAUCAAUACUUAGAGGAAAUUGUAUUUCUCUGAAUGGGUCACGUAUCACUUUCACUCCCAGGGUUUGAAGAUUUUUAAAAUAAUUUUGAGCUUUUAUAGAGUAGAUAAAUCAAUUUCCAUCCUCAUUCUUUUCUCUCUAUGUUUCAUGAGCCUGGGUUAGGAAAGCCAUUAGUGGAGUGAACGGCUAAUGUAACAGUGAAUCAGGCCCGAUGUUGGGGAAAAUAAUAAGCUCAUCUUGAAGUAUAUAAUCCUGAUCCCUUUAUUGGGACAGCCCAACCUAAAAAAUAGUACUGACUCUCUGCUGUGAAAUAUUUGGUUUUGCUUUUGUUAUACUGCAUUUAAGUGUGGUUUGUAGUAUUGUGCCGAGUCCUAUUAUUAGUCCAUAUUUAUAACUAGAAAGGCUCUUCUCUCCAUUCCUCAGUGUUAGGCAGGGCAUGGCAAGUUUACACAUCUGAGAAGUCACCAUUAAUGCUGCGUUUGAGUCACCCUGGAAGUCAGAUGUCUGAGCUGGGAAUGACGUCACACCCGAGUCACCAGCGUUUCAGUCACCAAGUCAGAAAACAGCAAAAUUGGAGGCGGAAACAAGAUGUUGCAGAAGGACCGCAUAUUCGUUCGUAAGUUGAUUAUGUUCGGACAAGGCGAGCGCUAAAAUAACGUCAGUAGAUGUAGCCAUCUUGUUUCCACCUCAAAUUUUGCUUUUUUCUGACUUGGUACCUGAAACACUGGUGACUCGGGCGUGACGUCAUUUCCCAGCUCGGACAUCUGACUCCCGAGGUAACUCGAACGCAGCAUAACCCGGAAGGUUUGGAGCAACAUACACUCACCGGCCACUUUAUUAGGUACACCUGUCCAACUGCUCGUUAACACUUAAUUUUAAUCAGCCAAUCACAUGGUGGCAACUUAGUGCAUUUAGGCAUGUAGACAUGGUCAAGACAAUCUCCUGCAGUUCAAACCGAGCAUAAGUAUGGGGAAGAAAGGUGAUUUGAGUGACUUUGAACGUGGCAUGGUUGUUGGUGCCAGAAGGGCUGGUCUGAGUAUUUCAGAAACUGCUGAUCUACUGGGAUUUUCACGCACAACCAUCUCUAGGGUUUACAGAGAAUGGUCCGAAAAAGAAAAAAUAUCCAGUGAGCGGCAGUUCUGUGGGCGGAAAUGCCUUGUUGAUGCCAGAGGUCAGAGGAGAAUGGCCAGACUGGUUUGAGCUGAUAGAAAGGCAACAGUGACUCAAAUAACCACCCGUUACAACCAAGGUAGGCAGAAGAGCAUCUCUGAACGCACAGUACGUCGAACUUUGAGGCAGAUGGGCUACAGCAGCAGAAGACCACACCGGGUGCCACUCCUUUCAGCUAAGAACAGGAAACUGAGGCUACAAUUUGCACAAGCUCAUCGAAAUUGGACAAUAGAAGAUUGGAAAAACGUUGCCUGGUCUGAUGAGUCUCGAUUUCUGCUGCGACAUUCGGAUGGUAGGGUCAGAAUUUGGCGUCAACAACAUGAAAGCAUGGAUCCAUCCUGCCUUGUAUCAACGGUUCAGGCUGGUGGUGGUGGUGUCAUGGUGUGGGGAAUAUUUUCUUGGCACUCUUUGGGCCCCUUGGUACCAAUUGAGCAUCGUUGCAACGCCACAGCCUACCUGAGUAUUGUUGCUGACCAUGUCCAUCCCUUUAUGACCACAAUGUACCCAACUUCUGAUGGCUACUUUCAGCAGGAUAACGCGCCAUGUCAUAAAGCUGGAAUCAUCUCAGACUGGUUUCUUGAACAUGACAAUGAGUUCCCUGUACUCAAAUGGCCUCUACAGUCACCAGAUCUCAAUCCAAUAGAGCAUCUUUGGGAUGUGGUGGAACGGGAGAUUUGCAUCAUGAAUGUGCAGCCGACAAAUCUGCGGCAACUGUGUGAUGCCAUCAUGUCAAUAUGGACCAAGCUCUCUGAGGAAUGCUUCCAGCACCUUGUUGAAUCUAUGCCAUGAAGAAUUGAGGCAGUUCUGAAGGCAAAAGGGGGUCCAACCCGUUACUAGCAUGGUGUACCUAAUAAAGUGGCCGGUGAGUGUAUGCCGCCAUCCAUAGAGCGCCUUUGUCAAGACAGACCUCACAUAAUAUUGCAAGAUGAUGCCAGUGGUCUGCUAGCAGUCCUGACUUGUAAGACAAAGGAGACACCGACCUGAUGAGCAGCUAAAAUCUUACAUUGGGCAAAAAUGCGACAACAUUUCACUCUGAAAACUUUAAAAUCUGGCCCUCAAACACAAACAGAUUGCUAAAUAUGUCAUCUUUACACAGUUUUCAUCUAAACUUAAUCGCUUGCAGAUGAUUUCAAAGUGUGUCGACUGACAACCUUCCAUCUAAAUAUAACAAAAAUCUAAUCACAGCCUCCUUCAUGCUUCUGAAGACCAGCCAAAGAGGACAAAAAAAGUAUAAAGGUUCAAUAUCAAACUCUGUAAUUUUUUUUUCAAAGAGCAGUAUACUGUCUCAUGAGCUGGAGCUAAGAAGUUCAUAAAGGUCAAGGUUUUUAUCCUGGGUCAGAGCUGCCUGCUGCUUUCCCAUUGCAUGAUGGGAUCAGCCUUUCACAAUCUUGACCUUUUGCUCUUUAGAUUCGGUAUUCAAGUGGAAAACCAGACUGCAUGGUAAAAGCCAAGACAGCGUGAAUCACUCUGCAAAUGUUAGCUCUGACACUGUGCGGCCUCAUUUGCAUAUUAAAUGUAAUAGGUUACGGCUCUUGAAACUUAAUGGAUGACACAGUGGAUUAAAGACAGUGGAGUGCAGGCUGAUAGUCAUGCAGCUCCCUGGAUCACCAGUAGAUGUCCCUCUUUGCCUUGAAACUAUCAGACUGUGGAAGCUUUGUGUGAGGAGGACCUGUGGGUUUGCUGUGUGUGGCCUCCACUUACUUUGAAGAUUUUUUUCUGACCCCUUUAAAGCAUGUGUGGGUCCAGCUCCAAGCUAUAUCAAAUAUUUGUUGACACUUGAUAAGCCUGAGAUCUCCAGGUGAGGUGCAAAAGUGGGGGCUCCGUACAAAAGCUGCUUUUACAUUCAAGGACCCUUAACUUUAGAGAGACCAGCCUGAAGAAGAAAGACCCUAAAAAUUCCGUCUAAUAUUUCCUCUUUAAUUCUAUAUUAUUAAUCAUGUCUUUUAUUUAUUCUUCAUUUGUUACACAUCUCUCUUCAAAUUCUUGUUUUUUUUAAAUUUAUGUUGCUUUUAUUUCUCAUUAUUGGUAAUAUUUCCUAAAACCUUUUAUUUAAAUUCAUAUUUUUGUAAUUUAUGUAUAUUUAUUCUCUGAAAUAUUUUUAUUCUGUCCAUUUUUACUUGUUUUUAAGAUUGUUUGUGUCUUAAUAUUUUUUUAUUCCUGUUUUUUUUUUUGUUUCUAUAAAAGCUCAAAUUUCUGUUUUUUAAAUUUCUUCGAUUUCAGUUAAGUUUUUAUCGCUUAAAUUGAUUUUGCUUUAAUAUAUUUGAUGCUGUUAUGCCUCUAUAUUGUUUUAUUACUUCCAAUUCUUGCCGUUUCAUUUAUUUCUUUGACUUUAUUUCACUGCUCUUACCCAGAUUUCUCUGUUUUUUUGUUAGGUUUUUGUUUUAUUACUUCUAAUUAUUGCUGUUUCAUUUAUUUCUUUGACUUUUUUACUGCUCUUACACAGUUUUCUCUCCAGUUUUACAUUUCUGUGUUGUCUUCUUGGUCUUUUUUCUUGACUGUAGCUUUGUGUCAUUCUGCUGCAUCUGGCCUUAUUUGUCUGUUUUUUUGUCGCUUACUGAGUUUUCUGGUUAGUUUGUUCAUCAAAGCUUUUGUAGACUCUUAUUUUGAAAGGUGCUGCAUAAAUUGAGUAUAUUGAGAGACAUACUGGCUCCAGAGCUCAAGGGCUAUUCAAGAGCGAUCAAAGACUGUUAGUUUCCUGCUCGAUUUCAGACGUUUCUUUGCAGAUCUGUUUUUUCCUUCUACUGUUUCAUGUUUUCGAGGAGAUUUUUUUUUUUGGUUUUGUUUGUGAAGCCCUUUUGUGGAAGUGAACUGCUUCUUUGUUUUGACUCUAAAGAUCUUUUCUCUGAGAAUCAAAGGAAGUUUUGAACCUGUUUGAGGUGGAAGUUCCUCUGCUUUUAUCACCAGGAACUUUGUACAGCUGCUACAGUCGCGUCUGAAACCAGAAGAGUGUGUUUGUUUAGUCGAGUUCGGGUGAGGAGAAGAAAGGCAGCAUUGCAUCAGUGGGUCACUGAUUAGCCCUCGCUGUGAUGAGGUCUGCUCUCAAAUCAAAGACAUCAAAUUUUAACCCUCCUCAGUCUCUUGUUUUCACGCCUUCGCUCUUUUCUCUCGCCUCUCUCUGCCUGUCUCCCUCCUGCAUUCAAACAAAAACUAGCCGUGUGAUUAGUAAGUGUCUAUCAGUCAGAUCUCAGACUUUCUUUUAGACACUGUCUGAUUGGCCAUCAGAACACAUUGUGGGUCCCGCAGCAGGCUGUCUUAUUACUGUCGCUAUUGCUGUGGUGUCAUUUUCAAGACGGAAUUGGUCUGGCCUUUGUGUGAAGGCAAAAUUGGGUCUUGUCAGCCCUGCUAGACCAGAGAUACGGGGUUGAUUUUACCACAAUGCCGGCUUCUUUGUCUCAGUCCCCAUCAGAUUUGGUCUGACAGGAUUCAUCAAUACUGAUUAACGCAAUCAUCUGGCUGAAAAAAAAAAACUGCGCCCUUUCCUUUGCUUCACCCUGUGCAGUCUCUCAUCCUCAUGUUAUCCACCAUCUGUCCCUAUCACCUGUCACAUUAAAGGCAAUUUUCACAGUCACAUCCAUCCUGAGAGCUUAGAGACAAAACUUUAAUAGUUUUAGAGAAGUGACCAAAACUUUGUGUCACAAAGUUUUAAAAGCUGAGAGGAACACACUGAUGUUUAUGGAGCCUUUUUGCCUUGUUUAUGCUUUCAGUAAUUGCGUGGCUGGUUCUGGCAUGUCUUGUUAGCUCAAAUUAAAUAAGGAGAUGAUGAAGCAAGGCUGCUCAAAUGUGGCGAGAAUCAUAAUCACAGUUAUUUUGGUUCAUACAGAGAUCAUGAUUAUUCAUUCAAAGGAUUACUCAGAAAUUUAUCUCUACAUCACAUGCAUUUACAAAGCUAAAAAAAAGUCUUAAAAACUUAAUCAAUCCAAACUAUACAAUAAAAACACUUGAAUAAGUUGAAAUAGAAAAGGGUUUAACCCUUUGUUAUCAUAUAUAAUAUAUAUUUAUUAUCAUUUAACAGUGCUGAACGGGACCUUGCAUCAAUUCUUCACUGUAACCUAAUUUUAAUGAUAUUAAUCACUAAAUCAAAUGCCAGGCUUAAAUUGUAGUGCAGUAUAUUUGCACUGCAACACAGCAGGCAGCACAGUUAUAGUUCAAUUUCAUUAUCUUAUUAUCAUGAUAUUUGGGAGCCUUAUUGGAUCUUGAUUUCCCAGAUUUAUUAUGAAGCAUGUGGAAUGGUUUGACUCUCACAAAAUAAAACAGAGCCAUCAUCAUUUAGUUUCAUUUUAGUUUGAACUGGUGCAGACUGAUACAGAGGUGGAAAAAACACGUUAACUAAAUUGGUGAGUGCUCCAGAAGAACCUGUGCAAACACACUCCAUUUGUUAACCUGAAAUGGACCCUGAACCAAAGAAGGCUGUUGAAAAAUUUACAGCCGUGCAUACAGUUGCAUAUCUCUGAUUGAUUAGUGUGUUGAAAUUCAUAGCUUUUUUCUUUCUUGACUUUGGUUUGUAACUUAAUGUUAUGGGCAAAGUAAGUUGAUAGUCAUGAAAAAGACAAAUUUGUAUCCCAUAAAACAAGUUCUUAUAAAGUCACCUGUUGGAGUUAAAGUGUCGGGCUCUAACCUUUGACAGCUUGACCCUGCAGUACUAAAGGAAAACCAUGAUGGUGUAGAAGGAAGUGAAAUAUUCAAGGAGUAGGAGUUGUUUUGCAUGCAUGCAUAUAAAAUCAUUCCUGUUGUUACAUCACCACAGGAGCCAGCUCAAAUCACCUUGUGUAGCUGUAUUUUCCCAGUUGGUGGGCUACGAUGCAGAGGCCUAUUUGCUUCCACACUCUACAGAAAUACUCAUCGGGUUGCUGAAGUGUGUGUCUACAGUUUCUCUGUAUCAUUCCUCUUUCCCUUUGCCAUUCUGUCUGUUUCCAUAUGUGACUUUUGAGCAUCCAGAACACAAAGUAAUCUCAUUGGUCAACACCAAUUACGUGACGUAAUACUUUGUAGAAAGCAGAAAGAAAAGUUAAACAUGAUAGACUUUCUCUUGGCAGGUUGUGAGAAAUCCCAGACGUGGCCUUGAUUGUCAUUCACUGUGACGCACUUCACAAGAAGAGAACAUUGUUUAUCAGGGCCACCGGGUCUGAAGAGAUGUCACAGCAAAAAAGCGGCAACAUCAACUCCUAAAAACAGAAUAAUUCCAGACUCUUUACCCAGAUUAGUAUCUUGUACUGAAAUAAUAAUGUUGCGGAUUUGUUUGGCUGUUUUCCACAAGAGACACAUAGAAGAAAAGCCUUAAAAAGGGAAGCAAAAUAAAACCCUUUUUCAUGUGACGGAUACAUUUUAUCGCUUGUCUCUCUUUUCUUCCGCUAUUAUUUAUAAGAUGAAGGAAAAAAGCAGAGUUGUAAACACAGCUGUGUCCUGACAUUGGGUUCAUUCCUCAACGGCUAAGGUGACUCACUUGCGACAGAAAAGUUGGAGUCGUUGAGUUCAGCAUGAGCAACACUUCAGAUUAUCAGGUUAUUCUGCAUUUUAAUAAAGUAUUGUAUCAAAAAAUGGGACACUAGCUUGUUAAAACUUUCAUGUCUUUAUUGGAGUGCCCCAAUUUGCACUUAUUGGAAACUUCAGCAGUUAAUUGAGCAAUAAAGACCGAGAUGGGUAUGAAAGAGGAAGGAGUGGGAUGGAUAAAAAGUAAAAGGCGUAGAGUAUUUUAGGAGGUGCUGCUGUGUAGGCUGGGAUGUUAGCCAGCGUUAGAUGUGGGAAGGAGAUAUAGAGGGAACGAGUUAUUCUCAAAUCAAUCUGUCACUGACCGCUGCACUUUGUAUUCUGCCUCGACACGGAAACUGCAAACCCGGGAGGCAACAGACAGCAAAGUUAAAAAGAGUUAGAGGGCAGAGAGGGGAGAGAGUAAACCAAAGAGGAAAACAGCCUCGUAUAUGUAAGCAUUAAGUCCCAGGAUAGUGCUUUCCAUUUGUUUUUUACACAUGCAAACUGAACAUAACAAACUGAAUGUGUUUUACUGCUCAGUUAUGAAAAUUGCUGACUAACUGGAGCAGCUAUUAUUGGAUUGUAUUUGUGUUUUUGAGUGAUUAGGCUGCUGAGUUUCUUCCUUGUUGUAAUUGGAUAUUGGGUCAUUUCCAGAUUUAAUAAUUAACCUUGCAGUCUGUGAAAACUGGAGAAUAUAUAAUGACAAGUGAGUGUACAUGGUGAGACCUGCCCACUGGUCUGUGGUGACAGCCACUUUGUCAACACUUUGCAAAACAGCCCUUGGCUCUGCUGCACUUUUUUAAAGCAUGUGUCCACUUUCACAGUUGAUGUCGGACAUGAUGGUGGCUUGUAGGCUGGCUCCACAAAUAUCACCAGCUCACAGAGGCCUCCCCCUUCCAAAUAACUUAAUGGGAGCAUGUCUCCAGUCAGAAUUUUUAUUAUUAACAGGCUAAUCUUCUCCACCCUGGUAUUAUCACAUCGAUGUCUGCUUAAAGGGCUAGCAAAUGCUGUGAUGCGAAACUCCCUCUCAUCUCCGCUGUGUGGUUAAUCAUCAAGCUGGUAUUUCUAGGACAGGGCUUGACACUAACUUUUCUCACAAGGAGCACAUGUGCUUCAGGAACUUCAAGGGCACAAUAAAAAUUUAAGAAAUAAUGUGUGCUUUAUUGGUCAACAUAUGUACUAUUAUUUGAAAUCAGUUUUAGGCCAAUUGGUCACAUGUAAUGGAAGCUAUUGAAGAAAAUGUUCAAAAUUUGCCUCUAAAUUUAACACGGAAAUUUUAGAGGACAAAUAAGGGAAAUAAAGGGGUGUGUCUUAUUGAUUGAACAUUGAACAUAAGCUUCUUCCGGCUCUCAACGAAGGUGGUCGCAUUUUCUCUCCUCUCCCUUAUCUCCUUGCUCCCUGCUUUGCCUCUUCGUCUCGUCCCGUUUUGUCUGAAACUCUAAGAGCUUCUCACUGCCUGAUCUCCGAAACCAACCAUGGAACUGAUGAACUGGUCUUUCAACGCAAGUGACAAGAUUGUCUCUACGAGACAUGGAGGUUCGCCGCGGGCUACGUGAUGGACAGCUGGGGGAAGUGGCGUGUCAUGUGCCUGUCGGUCCUUUCCGUGGAGGAUGUGGAAGAUGUCUACCUUUUCGGAACCAUGAUAACAGGUCUGUUGCUGUUUGGCUUUUGCUUCGCCCUGAUUUAUCUACAAAACAAGGAGAUGCUGGCAGCGGUCAAGAGCCCCCAAAGGCUGCCCGUCAUGAUUUUUGAGGUGGGCAAAGCCGUAGGAACUCUUUCCGGGGCGGUCUCCAAUCUUCAACAUCAAGUCAUGAUUGGGGAUCGCAAGGGAGAUGUGAUCUUGGAGAGGCUUUCGACUUUGCUGGAGACAAUGGAUUGAUAGAGAGACCAGGAUGGACAAUCAGAGUAGCCGAAGUCUAUUGGAAUGUGGCUACUCGCUCUAACCCAAAUAUUCUAAUCUACUAUUCGGCUCCCUCGGUAUCGGCCUUGGCCAAGGUCGAUGCUGGCACAACUCCUCCAGGAGAUCUCAGCAAUUCGACGCUCUGAACUUUCCUCCCCAACCCCCUCCUUCACAGACACCUGCGGAUUGUUGACUUGUAUUUAGUACAAUCCACUCACUCUUGAAGACCAGCAGAUUUCCAGGGAGAAACUCCUUGUGCUUCUUGUUUAGUCUAGUCCCAAUCCCCCAAAAAUGGAGGUAAUCUGUAAUGAUUUAUGUAUUUGUCUUAGUGUCAAAGGGUGAUUUCUGUUCUUAGCUGACUUUGAAGGCCCAAAGGCUUCCCUGUCUAAGAAGAGCAGUGAGGUGAUAUGAUUCGUCAUAAAAUUUUAUUGUUGUUGUUGACACAGAAAACCUACAUAGGCUGAUUUUUUUCCAAUCAAGGUAAGGGAAAUGGCAAAGAAUCUGACCGAUAUGCAAAAUCAAUAAUGGCAAUGGUAUCAAUAAAAUCUCUUGAAUUACCAGCCCCAGUCAUGAACCCUUAUAUCUUAAUUAUUUAUUUUCACAUUUACUUCACUUCAUUUGUCGGCUGCAUGUCAUCCAAAUUGGUAUUAAUUGGAACUUCAAAAGAGCUGAAGUCCACAUGAUCAGACUUAGAAACAUCCAGUUUUCUCCAUCCAGUCUGUCCUCACUAAUGAUGAAUACGAACCGGCUGAGCUCUUAGCUGAACUCUGAACAAAUAUACUGAAUAUUUUUGGAUGCCGUGGAGUCCGAAUUAGCCCUCCUUGUCUUGUCCUUAUCCUUAUCUCGCUCUCUGCCUCUCGGUGCCUCCAUCUCACAUUGCUCUGAAUGAACGAUGUCUUUCGCGAGCGCACACACAAUCGGCCAUGUGCUGUCUCAGGUGGUUUUCCGUCAGACAGUCUGUAAAUGGGGGAGGAAGGUGGUGAGUGGCCCGGUGGCAUCCGAGGACGUCUCAGAGUACAUCCAUCUCGCACGGCUCAGUCUUAGAAACUCUGCAGGAACUGAUUCAUGCCAUAAUUAAAGCUUCUUUUCACCCGCUCCCCUCCACAUUAUUUUAUCUCACAUUCAUAACACAUUCAGAUUACAUCAUCAUGCCUUAAUGGGAACACUUUGAACUUAGUAAUGCUUCAUCCAUAUUUGAUAUUCUUAGAGGUUUGAAAGUUGUAAAUCCGAUUAGACCAAAGGAAUUUCUAAAAGAAGAAUUAACCAGCUCCUCUUUUGAUGAUGAGUAAAUGUUUACGGUCACUUUUAGGACUAAAAUGUCAAACUUUAGUUGUUCCAGCCUUCUGUAAUGUCAAGAUUUUGCUGUUUCUUUCUUCUUUUUGAUAGAGCCUGGGGAAUUUUUCUGUUUAGGAAUCAUGGUAGGGCAAAGGAUAUAAAAGGGUCAUUUUGUUAUCUUUUAAAGUGUCAGAUUCCUUCAGUCCCUACGAUAGCUGGCACCGACUACUUAAAUAAGGUUAAAGGUCAAUGUUUAGUUCAGUAUCAUUCAGAAUCAUCGCUCACAGGUUAAGUUGUUGUAACUUUUCAAAGUUGUCAUGGAAACACACAAACUCGACCCAAAACUUCAGAGACUGAACUUCACCGCAGUAACUUACAAUGAAGCAACGAAAACUGGAUUUCUCUCAAUUGCCUGAAUCAUUACUUUAAAUUAAAUGGAUAUGCAACUCCAAGCUCCUCCCACAAUGACAUGAGGAGCCAAAGAACCUGCUGCUUCAUUGUCUCUCUUCAGUUUUAUGACAUUUGGCAACCCAAAGUAUUAUCAAAUACAUAUUUUCCGCACAAUAUCAAUAACUCAUUACUCUAAAAGAUGGUAAUGGUAAAUGCUGGUAUACUGCCACAGCCACAAGCAUCCAUUUAAGAUAUAUAAUCUGUCAGCUUUACCUCAAUUAGAGUGAUUGGCACGUUGCUGAUCUAUCAAACCUCAGCAAAAGGAAAUUAAUGUCAGUCUCUUCUCUCGGAGUCCAAGAAGGAGGCCUAAUUUUUUUACAUUUUGGCCACAAAUCAAAGUUAUCAGUGUACCACAAGAAAGAAAGGACACAAAAAUGGCCACAUUUUCAGGGUCCAUGAUCAGGAUUUUAAUGUAUUUCUUGCAAAAACUACUCAUACUAGUUGAUUAUUUUUCACAUUUUAAUGAUAAGUCUCUUUACUUUCUUAUUUCUUGUUCUCCAGCCUUUAACUGCAUAUCAUUUCCCACCAAGUUCACUCCAAAUACCUCCUCAAAAAACGACAGAAGAGAGGGAGAAAACCUCCUCAUCUCAAAAUAGCACAUCUCUGUUUGCUGAAGUUCCAGUUUCAAAAGGAUACUUUUGCCGACUAUCUCACCAUUAUUUUUCUAUCUCUUCCUUCUGUUUCAGGUUAAUUCACGGAGGUCAGUUAAUGAACGGUUUAGCGGGUCCGACCAUAAUGAGCGCCGGCCCUUUCCUCUCCACCACCUGGUUCGCCCCCGACCAGAGAGCCACUGCAACAGCUGUAGCCUCGCUCUUCGCUCACCUCGGAGGAGCGGCUUCCUUUGUGAUCGGACCUCUGAUAGUGCCGUCUCCCAAUAACACGGAAACAGGGACGGGUGUAUUUGAAGCAGCACUUCCAGACAACACCAUCAGAUCCAGGAUCCAGAUGGUUAUGUAUACAGGUACUAACAGAAAGCGAGAACCUCCUGAGGGCCUGCUGGAUCGAUAGCACAUCAUUUUAACAUCAUGUCAGCUCUGCCAGGGGACACAAAUACAAUCAGGCGAGGGGUGUUCAAGAAUUUAACAUUAACGCCAAAAAAAAAGAAAUUAUUAUCUUCAUAACCACCCCUCUGAAAAAUAGAUUGAGACUGUUAUGCUUAACUGAUUCAGAAAAUUAAAAGCAACACUGAAAAAAGAAAUGAGUAUGCUGUAAUAUAUUGAGGCGGCAACUUUUGUUUCAAACUAAGGUAGUUUUGUCAUCACGUUUUAAAGACGGACAAAGCACCUUUAUUGAACCUGAAGUUUGUAAGAAAUAGAGGCAGAGGAAUGACUUUCUUCAUGUCAAUUCUGCUGCUCUCUUCAGCUCCUUACCCACACAUGAAUCAAAUAAACCAAAGUUGUACACCAGUAAGCAUGGAAUUAAAGAAUUAUAUGACCAACCAAGGAUGUUCCUAAUAUCCUGUUUAAUUUGGACAGAAAUUUAAAUAGCGAAUUAUCAACUUGUCUGAAGGAACAAACAGAAACCCUGUCAAAGCCGAGCAUGAUUUAUCAAACAUGGCUAAACACAAAAUCACAGAGUGUGCCAGUAAACAAUGUCAAACUUAGCAGAGCUCGCACCUCCAGCCUGUGGCCCUCUUUGCAGAUUAAUGUCGACAUGCAUGUGCUUGUAAUAUGUUGCUCCAGCUGAGUUAUUGUAUGCCACUUUUACCAGACACGACCUACUUUAUUUAAACCUCUGUAUCCUAUAUCAAAAUAAUGGAAGUGCUACAACAUGCUAUCUGUUAACUGUGUUUAGAGAGGCCAGACUCAAAAUCAAAGUUUAAAAUGAUCAAAAGGUAAAAGCACGUCCAUGCCAAGGAGUCGCUGCAACUUGUUCCAGGAUUUAAAGGCUGUGAAACAGAAAAUAAGUCUUUCCAAGUUCAGUUCUAACUGAAAGAGUAAUAAAAAGUCACUGAUUAGUGGAGUCUGUCGGAUAAAAACAGUCUGAGAAAUGAAUCAGAUCAAAUGAAUAAGGCAUGGUGGUGAUUUUCCACUAAAAGCUUUGUUUAUGAAGAGGUUCCAGUGAAUCUCAAGUCUCUCUUGCGCGGCGGACCACCCAACCUUGGAGUAUAAAACACAAUGAUGAGUGUUUUAGGGGCCACUAGUUAUGAAUCUCAGCGCAGAAUGAUAAACAGAGUCAGGGCGUUGAGGGUGGUGGAGGGUGCGUGACUUAGAUUACAUCACCAUAGUCCACAGUAGACAAAAACAUCACAACAACUCUCUCCCUACAAAAAGUUGGAAAGAUUGUUUCUGUGUCUAUGUAAAAAAAAACAAAAAAAAAAAAAACAUUUAUGUUUGUCGGAGUUGAUAUGAAAGUUAAAUGUAAAUUUUUCAUUGAUCCAGAUACCUUAACAUUUGUUCUCUGUGACUCUUUCAAUAGAGAUUCCCUCUUGAUUUUAUCUGCUGUUUUUCCUUAAGAGAAUAUUAUCAGCUUUGUUUUGUCUAGUAUGUACAAAAAAACCUUGGUUUUCAGACUAAAACGUUGUCCCUAAGUCUUUCUACAUCAAAAUCAACCAUUGACCGUGAGCAUUUGCUGUGCUCAAAGUUAAGAAAGACUGAAUUUCCAGCCUGUGGCCUGGUUUGAUACCUCUCCCCAACAGCAUUGUUAAGAAUUAAAAAUUAAAUAGUAAAAUUAUCAGACUUGUUACUGAUGGUCUUGUUUACUAUCGAAGGUCAUAAAGCGGCAUCAGCGUCAGUCUUAGUGUUUUAAAAACUCCUUAUAGUGCCUUUAAAAAAUCGGCCAACCAGCCAACUGGUGGACUGAACAUCCCUAUAAUAAUCACAGUGUAAAACAGAUGUUAUCUUAAAGCGCAAUUCAGCUCCUGCUUUGAAUAAAAAUAAACAUACUAUAUUUGCAUCAAGUAUUUAUUCUUCUUAUUAUAACUUACUACAAACACUCUUAAAAUAAUGAUUUUUUUAAGACAGAUGAGUAAAAUCAAGGUGCUGAUAGAAAUGUUUAAACUCUACAAGAUAAAAACAUUCAUAAAACACAAUGAUACAUCAGGGGAAUGGAUAAAGUAAUAACUGAACUGAUACCCGCCUCUUCAUACAUAAGAAGAGGGGACAUAAGGAAUGACUAGAAAUCACAGAAAAAAAGAAAACACACACACACACAGUAAGGGAUCUGAACUACAGCAUUGAUAUAUUGUACUGUGUAAGUCACAAUGAAGUAUCUCCAGGCAGAUUUAGUCUAAUUAAAACAGGCAGACAGGGAAAUAAAACACUUCGCGUAAGGCUCUGUUACAGCAACAGCAAGAUAACUCUUUAAAUUUAUGACCACGGUCUCUUAAAGAAAAAACAAUCACAGAGAAAUAAGAAGCUGCUGCUCGAUCAAAUCAUAUGCAAUAAAAAGAAAAGAGCAUCAGCUGAAAUAUCUGGGAUUCACUGAAGAGUAAAAUGAUCUCCAAGAUUAAGCUGAGAUGAGUUUUAUUCCGGAUUAUAUACCUUGUUAAAUUGUGUUAAAUAUACUGUAAUUUAUUGUCUAGAUGGAAUAGAUGGUUUCAGCUGACUUUUAAGAGUCUUGGUGACCUUUUUUUUUUAAAAACGUCAAUUUAUUUUUAACGUCUCAGAAUGGAGAUGUUUUGAAAAAUAACAAGCACACCUCUUGUGUUCGUGUCUCUGUGCUUUUUCAGAAUUGGCUGCAAUUGCUGUGAUCUACGCGGCAGUCGUGCUCUAUUUCCCAUCACGCCCGCCAAUACCUCCCAGUGUGGCUGCUGCAAGCCAGAGGCUCAAUUACAGGAGCAGCAUGUGGAGACUUUUCAGGUAACUCCGCACUCACACACUGUCACGUACAAAGUCGUCUGAAAGACCAAUACCUUCUGAAACCUUUUGCUGGGUUUAUUCUGUAUGCCAAACUUGACGUGUCCUUGAUUCCACUCUGUUAUCGAUGUGUAAAGCAGGUUAAACUCUGGCGCUGAUUUUGAAAUUAGUCUCAGGGGCUGUUAUGUUUUAAAACAUUAGACUCUAAGAAAACAGUCAACAGUGUAUUUCUGCAGAUCAGUCAGUGCACUCUAAAUGUGUCUGCAGACCCAUUAAGACUUGUUUGGUUUCUUAUUUACCCAUGCAUCACAAGCUUCUCAUCUAAGAGAGUUAAAGUGACACAGUCUUGGGUUGGAGAAGGAUAUGGAAUCUUAAUGAAUUGAGCUGUCACUCACCUCCUGCCUGCGCUGUUGUCAAAGAAACUCCAGCCUUCCCUUUAGGUUAAUUACUUAGCUGUUAUGUGGUAGUUGCUUUUGAAAACCUCCUCUGCAUCUGUAAUAUCAGGAUCAAAUAACCUCAUAAUCCAGCUGAUGAUACUCGGGUGGGGCGUUUCAGAGAGCAUCAUAUUGUCACAGAUUUCAAGGUUAGUACGCUUUAUUUAGAGUUCUCACUGGAUUUAACUACUCUGAAAAGACCCUAACCUAAAAAUAGAAAAGCUGGAAACAUAUCCACUGUGAAAGAAAGUGUUGAGUUACUCUCUUGAGUUGAAGUGAGGACCAUUUCUCUGGGUUACUACUUUUAUUCAUGCGUAAUGACCUUUCCUUACCUUAUUAGAUCAGCAGGAACAGCACAGCAGCAUUGUAUCGGUGGGGGAGUCAAGGCCAAAUCAUUCGGCCAAGUAGUUACAGGAGUAAAAGUGUCAAGAGAGUGAAAUGUCGCAGAUUUAGACGGUUGGUAUAACCUUAAUGCUAAAUGACCAGAAUGUAGGGACCUGUUGACCAGAACUGGACUGAAACAUUCAGAGUUUUUGUUAUCUCAAACUCCCCAGAGUCUCUGACAGAGGAGAUACAGAUUAGAUACAAAGAAGGUUAGUUAAACAUAAUUCACAGCAAUUGUUUGAAUCUCUAUCACAGUUGGUUUUAAAGUGGAAGAGACCUGCAGAGUUAAUUAGGCUCCUAGUUGUCAAAGAUGAACUUGUUUUUUAAGUUUACAGCCUCCUUUGUCCUCCAUAUUCGUAAGAAUAAUGCCCUUUAUAAUAAGGUCUUAAUCUCAGAAUUUGGAAUAGAUGUAUUAAUAUUUCCCUUUUCUUUAAAAAAGCUAGAAGAGAAAAACUCAACAGAAAUCCAGAGACAAUGAUUGAAUCAUACUUCUUUUGACUGCUGCAACACCCACAUCACAUCUCUACAACCCGUCACACUCUCAGCCUACGCAAUCCCCAUCCUCUGGGCACUGAAGAAGCAGCAUUGCUCUGCUGUGCCUUUUUGUCUGGCUUGUGGAGGAGCAGGGCCUCUGGCAGUGGCCAGGGAUUAAAGAGCUGGAGAAUCUGGACGAUAGCAGCCGGGGAGCUGGCCUGGCCUUGUUGGCUACUCUCUGUCUCCCUGUUGAAUGAAAUAGCUCCACUACAGAGCCAUGAUUCCUACAGGGCAGCUGACCAGUACAGAGAGGCUUAGCUCCCCUUGAGAUACAUGACAUGAACCAGACUGGUAGUUUUGGACAGAUGAACACAUCCAUGUUUAAACUGGCCAGUUUAAACUGGGCUAUCCAGCUGAGAGGGUUUCUGUUCUACUUGUGAUAGGCAGUCUUCCAGUAACCUGUUUGGGCAGCAUGUUGUAUCUCUGUCCAGCAACCCCAGGCCUCAGUUUUCUCCUGCAGCGAAGACAUGGAGCAGAACAAACAACUGUUUAUCCACUCCUAUCCAUAGAUUUAAGAGGGAGACAAAAAAGUUCGUCCUUUUCUGUAAAAUAAUGCAAGAGUCGUAUUUUUUUUUUACAUGCAAAGUUAACCAAUCAAUUCUAUUCGCUGUGAUCGAGAUUGCUGUCAUAUUUUUUGCCAUCUCUGCAGCUCUCUGGAGCUUUUAAGCCCAACUUUAUUAUUUCAAAGUACAUUUAUUCUUCAGUCAUAUCUUGUUGCAUUUAUAAGCCUUGUUUCCAGCAGCAGAAUUGUGCUCAUUUCAACUGCAAUACCGUAAUGAAUCUUCUGCAUUCCUCUCGCCAAGUAACUAGAGCAGAGUAGCUUUGCUCUAGUUUCUGGGCAUUCUGCAACAUACUGUAAAGAAGAAUCUACAUCAUAAAUCUAUCCUCUGGCAUGUUGAUUCAUCUAUGCCACAGUCUUAUCAUUUUACAUUUCUUCCUUAUUGAUCCUGGAAUCUAACCCAUUUCACCCAAAGCAGCUCAAACAGGAGCAAACUUAAGAAGUAGCAUACAGCUCUUUUUUUGAAUAGGAUCUGGGCUUUCACUUUCUCUGUAUCCUCUUUUUCCUGCAGGAUUACUCAACAUGGGAGAAACACAUUCACAGCAAGUACAUCUCUAUUAGCCCAACCAAAAGCCCUCUCUAUAUAUGUGGCAUUUUCACUCAUUAUCCUGAAGAAGGCCUGUGGUUGAAGCACAUCUGUUGCUGGGCUGCUAGGUCUCUGCACCCUUAUUAAAUGAGUUAAAUUUGCAUAGAGACUGGCUAAUUUUGCCCCAACUGGAUACAUAAUGGGCUCAUGAAAUUACAUGUAAACAGCACCUGAGCAAAGAAAUGCUAUUCGCCCUGCUAGGGUGCAUUUAUAACAGACAGACUCUUUGUCUUUUGCACAGCUUUAGUGAACUCAAAAAGCUGUGCGAUCUUUUUGUGCAUCAGGCUCAGCAUUUUCAAAUAACACUGAUGAAGAAGCUGUUUAGAGUAGAUUGGUAGUAGACAUGUAGGCGAUGCUUCAUUGUGAUUUGUAAAGACACUUUGUUGGCUGGAUGCAUCUCCAGUAAAGUUUGUUACAGUAGAAGAAAAUAGUUGCAGCAGGUGGUAGCCGACUCAUCAAUUUGUCUGAUUUGUCUGUCUGAUACCUUUGCAUUGAUGGAUCUGCUCAUCCAUUGAGCCUGUCAGAGUCUGAGCACUGGUUAAUGAUCCUCCGCCUGAUGAGUGCUUCCAGCUGUUCACAUCUGCCUCCACAGCGGCAGUCUAAUUAGAAGCCUGAGCGCCUCUACACGUGGUGCAAAGUUAUCAUUGUAUUGUGAUCAAAGUGCGAGGGAAAUACUGAACAGCCUCAGGUCUGAGUAUUGAUGAUCCUUCCCUCCCCUCAGCUGACUCACUUCAGCUUAGAAAGUUGUCAUCUUGAUGCAUCGAUUCCCAGCCGGGGUCUGCCAAGGACAAAUGGCACUUAGCUGAUGGCGCCGUGAGCUUUGAGACUUCUUCCGAAGGUAUUUCAUCACCAGCAGAGAGGAAAGGGAAAAAUGUCCCCUCUUUCACCCGUUCGCUCGCGUCGACUUGCUUACAUUUGGUUAUCUAAAUAAGCUUCCGGCCGAGGAUGAAAGGUGCAUAGAUAUUGAUUUCCUGCUGUUGUGGCAAGGUUAAUGUAAAAGGUGUUGGAGAAAAAAAGCAGAGAGGAUGCUUCAUCACAGGGCUUUUAUGAUCGUACCUCCAUACGCUUCCCACCAAGGCCAGAGUUUUCACACCGCUGAAAACAAGACAGGCUGAAUAUGACAGCAUACAAAUGAACACUUUAUGGUGAAUUUGAACUAAAGUUUUUAUGCUUGCCAAAGCUGUGCAUUCUGGGUGUUGAUUCAAGUACUUUUAUCUCAAAGAAGAGUAACCCCGCGCUAAUUGACUCAUGUCUCUUACAAGUUUAUAAGAUCAGUAGCUGUAGAGUGGAAAAAGUGAACAAACCAAAGAUAAAUUACUAAGUUAAAGCUCCUGUGAGGAGUUUUUAGCAGUUAAUGAAAGACUGAAAUAAAUGCUGAUGUCUCCAUGUGAUCUGCUGAAACAAACAAGAUCAUUAAGGACAUGAUCGAUCACUUCCUAAUUGUCAUUUUUAAUGCCUGUUAACACCGCCGCUCUAAUCAAUGGUAGUUGCUAGAAGAAGUGGCCCACAGCACACUGGGAAAACAGCCUUUUAACAUUUACUUAAAGAAAGCAGCACUAGCUUGUUUUAGCUGCAAACUUUGAUCACACUAAUGCAGAACAAGACCAGCAAAAAUCAACACAAAACCACGUCCCACACAGCUUUUAAUGUGUUGCUUUAAAGACCUGUUAUACAUAAUAAGCAAAGAUGGUCGUAUCUUAUUGGUCCAAAUAUAAGUAGGAGUGAAAAGUAACUGAUUACAGUGAACUAUUUGAACUGUUCCACCACACUUAGAGUUUAUCUCAAGUUACAGAUUUCACCAGUUAUUCCUCCUUUUCAAUCCUCUUAACAGCAUCAAGACUUUGUACUUACAAACCAGUGUUUAACUGGAACUGAAAAUCAAUUCAUCACCCAGUCCUAAUGCCUAUGCAGACCACUCCCUCCUGUCAUUACAUCAUCACAGGAGCAUGUUUAAUCUCCAUGUAGAGGCUUUAUUUCUCGGUCGGUGGGCUUCAGAAACAAUGCAGAGGCUUUUUCACAUGAAUGGGCUCAAGUAUAACAAAAGCGUGACAGAAUAAGUCAGAAAAAGCCAUUUUUCAUUAAAUGGGAUCUUGAAAUCUUUUGUACAUCAUAAUCACUGCACUGUCACAUGGCUCAUAAAUUUGGUUUAAUUCAUUUGCUUAUUUUCCUAAUUGAUCCUAAUGUUUUUGCAACAUGACUGAAAAUGUCUUGAUGAUUUAGAGUGACUCAUGAUUGAAAAAGUGCCAGUAAAAAGUUGCUAAAAGGACAAAACAGUUCUGCAGUAGCAGCUACAAGCUGUGUUUUGGUGUUUCUGUGAACCUAAAUCACUGUGUGAACAGAAGUGCUCCACUGUCUGAUAUGCUGCAUUUGAGGAAAGGGAAAGGGUGUGUGCGUGUUUACAGCAAAACAAAGUGUUUUCCUCUGUACAGGUUAUGUUUCCAUGGUCAAGUUCUCCCAGUUUUAAGACAGACUUUCGGUGUUUAUCUGCUUUUGUGUUUAGCGUUUGAAGCCUGAGCAGGGAUGCAGGAGGCCCAAAGUGUUAUCUAGAUGUCCCUGCUCGAUGCCUCUGAAGGAUGCCGCCGGCAUUCUAAUGAAGGAAAAGGUGGAAAAAUAAAUGCAGGAGUUAAACAGCGCCUAUAAACAAACAAUCUUUGAAUCUUCUCCCUGCUCUGCCAGCCUCGCCUCAUUUGUCCGACGCCUGGCGAUUCUAAUCACAUUGUUAGGGUUGAGGAGGUGGCACUGAUUUAAAUCUGCAUGCCACCUUACCGGGCGAAGGUGAUUAGCGUGGGUGUUGCGAAUGAUUGUAAAUGGGUUGUGUGUGAUUGGAGGAGUGCCUAAAGAGGUGAGUGAGCUGUGUUUGUGUGUGUGUGUAUAUACUGGAUGUGCAUACAUUAAGAGGCGUAUGCAGGUGUCUGUAUUUUCCUCCCUGUUGUUUUCAGCACUCAGAGAGCUGAUGGGAUGUUUGCAGACAGACAGUAUCAGACCCUGCAGCAUAAUAUCUGCAGCCUAAAGCUAUUCAUCACAGCCUGGGAAUGGUGCUUGUUUUCACCUCUUAUUUGUACAGGUUGAUUUGAGCCGAUAACUUGAUAGGCAGCCAUCAGUUGGCUCAGCAAGAGCCGAAAAGUCAAGCAGAUUUACUGUCGGCCCAUGAACAGACGAUAAAUUUUGACAGCUUUUAUAGCUGAUAAUAACUCAUAAAAGAAAAUUUAAAGCCUUGUUUGAUUUGAGCCUUUCAAAUGUGAGCACCUGCUGAUUAAAUGCCGUGAUGUUUUGAAAAAUUAAAAAAUCUUUAGGAGUUAAUCAAACAAAAGCAGUCUCACCUCAGGAUCUUUAAACUUAAAACUGUCAUUGCUCACGCUUUCUAAUAUUUAGAAGAUUAAUUUUCAGAUCACUGAGUAUUGAAAGAAUAAUUAAGCAAUUUAUCGGGAGCACAGCAACUAUUUCUCCUCUCUAACUCUUUUCACAACAAAUCCUGCUCCAGAAAAUAGUGCAAUCAAAAUGGGAUACUGCAUUUUAAAUAAAGAUCAAAAGGCUAUUUUUUUUAUUUUGUCUUUGGAUGAAUUAAUCAGCUAUAACCUUGACUGGAUGGGUCAAAACCAAAUAGUCUUUGUGAAGUAAUUUGUGAAAAAACUAUCAAAGCUCUAAAGGCAGAGGAUUUUCCCCAGGUGGAGUUUAAGUCCAAAAAGAUGAAAAAGAUGACUCAGUUGCAGCUCUUGCCAAUAAAAAGAAGAACAAUAACUGACUUUGAUUCCUGGCAGUUCUUAGCAGCCAAAAAACAAAUGGUGUCAAAUUUGCUGGAACUAAAACAGUUUUAAGACCUUUUGUCAUUCAAAAGUUGUGCUGCCUCCAAUUCACCAGUGCAACCACUGCACCAGUAUAAAUUACAUGGAGAGGUAUGUCAAUGCAGUGUUGUGUUCUACCCAGAAGAUGGCGCUCUGAGACGAAAGCAACUGCUUCAGAGUUCAAGACAUGCUGGAUACACAGUAAGGUUGUCUAGUCUAGCCGCUUCACUUAUUUUUUGAAAGGGUGGAGUCAGUCUUGGCAGUUUCACUCUUUGCACUGAGUCCAUCUGUGUGUCACUGCUGUCAACACUACUAUAGGCUGUACUAAUGGCUUUUGCAGUUACGCUACCAGUUCUUUACCUGGAUGUAAAUGAGCACGUUUGACAGAUGGCAUCUCAAAAAGUGGUGGUGCUAGCUCUGCUAAGGUUAGACACUCUGCAAAAUUAGUCAUUGUUUACCCUCAGACUCUGUGAUCUUGUGUUCAGCUGCGUUGAAUAAACUCAGCGGGGUUUGUUAGUUAGUUGGAUUUUAAAUACCGUCGAAUCAGUAACCUUGAGGUGAUAAUGUCCGUAGCUUUUGUUCAGAGAUGGAUACACGUUGACCUCUGUGAAACCUCUCAGCGCGCUUCUGGCAGCUUUGGACAGUGUGCUCAGGUAGCUGCUUAUCUCUCUGCAACUACAUCCUGCACAAGGAUACGUCUACUGCAGUGACAGUAGCAGGCUGGUUAGCCAGGGCUGUGUAUGUGUGUGUGGUUCAGUCUGUGUGUGUACGAAGUGACAGCUGUACUAUGGGCUGGAAACCUAGACCUGAAGCUGAUGGCAGAACUCCAAAAAUCAGAGAACAGACGGGGAAAGAGACGUCCCAUUAUGCCGCUUUCAUUGUUUCAUCUGAGGCAAAAGUGAAGGUUAUACUUGGAGGCAGGGCUGGAUGAUGUGACAAAAAAAAUAAUAUUCACUGACUUUAGUUCAGCUUGUCUGUAAAGUUCAGCUUGUUUUUAAAAGUUCUGCCUGUUCUAAGUUAAAAAGUUCUCAGGGCUUUAAUGCUUUUUGUGAUCUAAGCAGCAACAUAGAUUAAGAGAGAGAGAGAGAGAGCAGCAGUGGUUGAGUUACACAGAGAUAAAGCAAAGACAGCUAAGACUGCCCAUGAAAACAAGGCUGUGAAACGGAAAUAAGGUGUUACCAGUUUGUCAAAUGUUGUCUCUGUUCGAAAGUGUAGAAACAAAAAAAACAAACACUGUUGGUUCCCAGUAGUCUGAUUUUUUGAUGCUAUGCUAUCGAAACAGGUAUUGAUAUUGUCUGAUAUUUACGAGUGUGGUAUCAAAGUUAAGUUUCAUCCAUUUUAAAUAAUGUAUAUGCACAGUCUAUUUUCCAUCCUGCAUACGCAUCUAUACGAAAUGUGCAAUAAUCUAAAGACUUCAGUUGGAUUACAUUAUUGCUCAAUUGAUUUGUUUGUGAUGUAUUCUCCAUCUCAUGGUUUUUUUUGUCCCCCUAUAGAAACCACCGCUUCCUGAUGUUAGCUCUGGCAUAUGCUGUCCCCAUGGGAGUGAUGUCCGGCUGGGCAGGAGUCCUUGACAUGUUGCUCACACCAGCUAAAGUUAACCAGGUGAGGGGACACACACAAACACAUGGCAGCAUUAUACACUCACCGGCCACUUUAUUAGGUACACCAUGCUAGUAACGGGUUGGACCCCCUUUUGCCUUCAGAACUGCCUCAAUUCUUCGUGGCAUAGAUUCAACAAGGUGCUGGAAGCAUUCCUCAGAGAGCUUGGUCCAUAUUGACAUGAUGGCAUCACACAGUUGCCGCAGAUUUGUCGGCUGCACAUCCAUGAUGCGAAUCUCCUGUUCCACCACAUCCCAAAGAUGCUCUAUUGGAUUGAGAUCUGGUGACUGUGGAGGCCAUUUGAGUACAGUGAACUCAUUGUCAUGUUCAAGAAACCAGUCUGAGAUGAUUCCAGCUUUAUGACAUGGCGCAUUAUCCUGCUGAAAGUAGCCAUCAGAAGUUGGGUACAUUGUGGUCAUAAAGGGAUGGACAUGGUCAGCAACAAUACUCAGGUAGGCUGUGGCGUUGCAACGAUGCUCAAUUGGUACCAAGGGGCCCAAAGAGUGCCAAGAAAAUAUUCCCCACACCAUGACACCACCACCACCAGCCUGAACCGUUGAUACAAGGCAGGAUGGAUCCAUGCUUUCAUGUUGUUGACGCCAAAUUCUGACCCUACCAUCCGAAUGUCGCAGCAGAAAUCGAGACUCAUCAGACCAGGCAACGUUUUUCCAAUCUUCUAUUGUCCAAUUUCGAUGAGCUUGUGCAAAUUGUAGCCUCAGUUUCCUGUUCUUAGCUGAAAGGAGUGGCACCCGGCGUGGUCUUCUGCUGCUGUAGCCCAUCUGCCUCAAAGUUUGACGUACUGUGCGUUCAGAGAUGCUCUUCUGCCUACCUUGGUUGUAACGGGUGGUUAUUUGAGUCACUGUUGCCUUUCUAUCAGCUCGAACCAGUCUGGCCAUUCUCCUCUGACCUCUGGCAUCAACAAGGCAUUUCUGCCCACAGAACUGCCGCUCACUGGAUAUUUUUUCAUUUUCGGACCAUUCUCUGUAAACCCUAGAGAUGGUUGUGCGUGAAAAUCCCAGUAGAUCAGCAGUUUCUGAAAUACUCAGACCAGCCCUUCUGGCACCAACAACCAUGCCACGUUCAAAGUCACUCAAAUCACCUUUCUUCCCCAAACUGAUGCUCGGUUUGAACUGCAGGAGAUUGUCUUGACCAUGUCUACAUGCCUAAAUGCACUAAGUUGCCGCCAUGUGAUUGGCUGAUUAGAAAUUAAGUGUUAACGAGCAGUUGGACAGGUGUACCUAAUAAAGUGGCCGGUGAGUGUAUGUAAAUAAUUAUCUUAUAAACAUGAUUUGAAUUAGAUAGCAUGUCUGUAAACCAAAGUCCCUGAUGGUACAAACUCUAAAAAUUAAGCUGUUGAGUUAUGGUUUUAAAUGUUUCAGUGAUAUUAUUCAACUUUAAUGUUUUUGUGGGCGAGUACCUCCUGAAUGGUACAAAAUUUUUUGGUUGAUGACAGAAGGAUAUCUGCUUCACAAUCGUCAGUGUUGAUUAACAAAAAAAAAGACCUUGUUAAUGAGCUGUUGACCUUUUUUUCCUGCAUAGUUGUCUUUGUCCAUCCAGCUAAUUAAACUCUCUCCACUGUAUUUAUCAAACAGACAGUCCUUGGUCUGCACUAGCUUUCAUAAAAACCUCCAUGCGAGGUCAGCACUGAUUCCUCCAAACACCCCUCAUGCUCUCAUUCAUCAUAGUUACCUGUUAGUGGGAUGGAUGGCACCCCAAAAAUGAACCGGGGCUCAUCUUGUGUGUCUGCAUGAGAAACUAGAAGGUCUGAUUUUCUGGUUUGAUUUUUUUCUUCAUUUCCAAAACCUCCACUGAGUGAGCAGUUUGCAAAAGCUUUUCACAACUCUUGCCCACUCUAAGUAAUGCCGUGAAUAACUGGUGAGAGAUUUUCGUCCCUGCUUGCACCUUGAAAUAAGAGGUCCAAAUACCACCAGACUGUGAUGAUGCCUGUUUUUUUUUCCAAGUGAUGCUCUUAUUUACACAGACAGAACACAGUGCAUUUUAAAUCAUACCUCAGAUACUGGAUGUGUUCAGAUAAUUGACCUCAAGGUUAUUUUGCUAACAUUACAAGUGUUUUCAGUGAAAAAUCCUUCCAGACAGCUGAACUUCUCUGCAAAGGUUUAUCAAAUCACUCUUCCUCCUCUCUUGUGAAAACAUUUUUUAAAGUUUCAAAGCAGUUUCCCUCACCUGACAAAAACAGAUCAACUCAUACUGCAAGGGUAAAAAAAAAAAAAGGCAAAAAUGAUGACUCAUACUGUGCUGCGCUUUUCCGCCUUUUUUCUGCAUUCAUUGAACCUGCUCAGAGCGUCUGCUCAUCUUUUGUGAAGAACUUAAUCAAUUGCAAUUCAACAUUUGAAAGCAUCAUCUUCAGCCUGAGACAGAGCAAAGAGGAGAAAAAGUUUAGCAAAGUGAGACAGUGUGGGAGAGCUCUGUGUAGUGUGCAUCUUCUGUGUCCCGAUACAAGGCAUGUCUAAAGACAAAGGGAGAAUCUUUUCAGGGUUAUCAUCAAGAAAAUGCUGCCUUAGAGGAGAAAACACAGAGGAGAGCGGAGGAUGUGACACUUUUAUAUUGUAAACGGCAGCAGAGCAUUUGGAAAACUGUUUAAGAUUCAUGCUCAAACAUUUGCUUUAUUUCUUUUAUAUACUCUUCAUUUAUCAAUGCUUCUUGAGAUGGAAAUUCUGUUGGGGAAAGAAAGUAAGGAGAGCUUUGUUUGGGGCGUGUCAAUGAGAACAACAUCAGCCGAUCUCUGCAUUCUUUUAUUGUGCUUUUGUUUGUUUUAAAAUUCAUGAUAAAGUCUCGAAAAACAACUUUGUUGAUCCUGUCAGAUCUAAAAUUAGGACUGAAAGAUGCAGGGAGCAACAUAAACACUUCAUCCCUGAUUCAGCCUUAAACUCUCCUGCAUUUAGUUUGAACAAAAUUAGCUUGGCACAAAGUAUGACUUUUUCUGACUGCAGUUAGACUGUCAAGCUGAGACACCAAUUUUACACUUAAUGUUCUGAAUAAUUGUUUGAAAGGGUAGUUGUGUGUUUUUGAAGUGGGGUUGUAUGAGGUACUUUUCAAUACUUUGUUUGGGUUGGUAUUACCCACAGGGGAUGUCAGGCAGCUUGGCCCCUUUGUAUGGCAUGGACAGAGGAAGUAUGUUUUCCCCACCUCAGCUAUUUGGGUUUUUUGGCCUCUAAAUACAACUAGAACUGAGCAUAGUUUGAGCUCUGCCAAGCUCUGCCCACGGUACAUCAGCUGACCUUAACAUCAGUCCAUAUCAGCUGAUUGGCAGUGACACCAGUGUUGUUACUGAUGCCGACUCUAUCUUGUAUCAAGGAGGCCUUUAUAGUUGCUCUCCCUGCCUUGACUUUCCAUGUAUGGCACAGAUUACAGAUGUGUGCUCUUCCUGUCUCUGCUGUUUUGGUUUUUGGCUGCAACAGAAACUAAAUCACAACCAAAAGGAAGCAAAGGGUUCGUUCAGGCUGGCCAAGGAGUCAAGCUCAGUCCACAGUUCAUCAUGAUGGUUAUACCAGCCAAUACCAGCUGCCAAGCAGGGAUCACAGUAUUUUCACACACCCACUCUAUUUCUUCUUUUUAUCAAAUUUAUGCCCCCUAAAUGCUCCUAAAAAAAGCUAUAUUUGCAUGUGGUAAUAACUAAAUCUUCCUGUGCGAGGGAGGGGUUCCCAUAGACUCCUGCAUUGGCACAUUUGCUCGUGCUUUCAGAAAUAAAAGCACAUUGGUUUGUCUUUUUAUUUUUAUUUUCCACAACUGUAAGGGCUAAUACGAAGAACGCCGCUUCCAUGUUUUGUACCUCAAAAUUUUCAGCCUAAACUAUUUUUUGGCUUGAAUCCCUGAGAUCAGACAACAACCACACUCCAGGGUCAUUGUGACCUAUCUCUUUCAAAGUUUUACCUUUUUUUCCAACUUCUUUGCUUCAUGCAGUCAUUUGUCUGUUUUAGGAUCCAGCUCCAACUCUUCUAUAGUCACGCUUGAUCUUUGUCAGAGUUUUUCUUCCAGCUGUUUCUCUAGAGCUCUUCCCUGAAAAAUAUAGAUGCUUCUGUCAUGUGCUCUCUCAGCUAGCCGGGCAGUCUGAUUGAGAGAUUACCAGAGGUGCUGUGAGGCAGCCGGAGCUGCUGCCUCCAUCAGAUGAGACAAAUGUUUCUGUCUUCCUUCACAAAACUUGAGAAACAAACUUGCGCCUUCUCCACAGCAGAGGUUCAUCUUGGAACUCGUACAACAGAAAGCUGAUAGCAGAGGAGAGUCACUGUGCAGGGAUGGAUCCAGGACUGUGGUUACAGCAGAGCUGAUGAGAUUCCUGGAAAGACAUGAGGGUUGAUUUGGUCAAUAAAAGAGACAUGAAGGGAUUAACGGGCUGGUAAACCAUGCAGAAGGAGUGAUCUGAGAGUGAUGCUAAAAUGUAGAAACUGCAAAGCUCAACCUAUCAGCUUUUGUCUAACAACUGGUUAACUUUGUGUAUGCCAACAGAUAUUCGCAAUAAGAGCAGAAACCAUUUCAGUCACAGAUAUUGGCUCUCCACCCUCACUCCAUUAUUGCGCUCUAAGUUGUUGGACUGUAAAAAUGUCAAGUGUCUGGAAGAAGGAAGUCUUGGCAUGAAUAUCAGUCCAUCACUUAAACAGAAAUUUGCCAUCAGCAGAUGCCAGAGAACAGUAUGCAUGGCUUAGACAGACUACAUCAUCGCUACAUGAUAGUUAAUGGGGUGGACCAGAAACCCUGUGAUUGGACUGUGGAUGUACCCGAUAUUGCCACCAUCCCCCCGUCCUCUUCCUCAGUGGCCGUGUAGUCCAACUCUUCUGGCACCUCUCCUCAUCUCUUCAAUGCAAUAGCUGCAGCUCUGGUUGCACAACAUAGAUUAGCUCCAACUCAAACAUAAGCUCUGAUUCAGCUGCCAUGGUUUCCUGUAUACAAGGACUGGAAACCGCCAAUAAGACAAGCACAGGCCCUGCACUGCCAACUGCUGUUUAGGUGGAGUAUUGCAGAAUGACAUUGACGUACCAACGCAGGAGUGCAGAGUGCUCAUGAUGGCGUAGAUGUGGCAUAGGUUUGAGCAAAUUAAGAGAAAAAAAUAUAAGAAUAUAGGAGAAAAAGCCCUAAUUCACCUUCACUUCAAACUAUGACACCCACUUGAACAAUCGACCCACUGACAAAUCUAACUCGAGUAAUGACUCCAUUGUCCUCGGUUUUUUGUGUAGCGUAGUGAAAAGUCUAGACACGCAACUUAACCUCUUUGGGGCAAUUCUGGGAAGCAUCUGCCCCUAAAGUAACCGUUCAUAUCCAUCCAGCUACUUUGAAGCAACCAUUGGCAGCGCUACCUCCUAUAGCCUUUCCAUCUCUGCCCAGCAGACACAGUGGCUGUCAGUCCACAGACCUGAAAAAGAAAUAACCUAUAGGAUUGGGCAGUUUUCUUCAAUGAAAGUCCAUCUCAGUGAUUGCAUCGCCAUCCUUUUUCAAUUUCAUGUCUGAGAUUGUGCAUCAUUCUUCAGUGCGGCCAGACUGUCUUUUCUGCAGCCAAUAUUUUACCAGCACACUCUCCACUGUGAUUGUAUCGAGUAGGAAGAAGGAGUUAGGGUAAAACUAGGACACAGGAGAAUCAUAGAAGUAUAAAAGACCACUCUAUGGCUAAAAUGUCCUAUUAUUUGGUUUGGUUCUGUUUGGGAUUCUUGAUGGUCUAAGAUCACGUGAAAGUAUGGAAUCCCUUGGACUUGAUUGUCUGCUGAGUGAGCUCUACUGAGGCCAAAGAGCUAGACCUGCCGUAAGAUGGAUUAAGCGCGAAGCCAAGCAUCACCAUAAUGAGUAUGACUCAGGGAACAGGUGACUUACUGCCCUAAUGAGUCAAACAUAAUUGUUCCCUAAAUGGAGAACGGCCAUUUAGAAGUCACAGGACUAGAAAUAUGAUGCAAGCUCAGGAUUAAGUCUAAAAUUACUCAUAGCAGGUGAUCAAGAGAGACAAUUAGGAAAAACAAACACUUUGACAUGGCUUGAGCUCUGAGCCAAGAAUUUUCCUGGCCUGGCACAUGAUAUCUCAAGGUUAUUGACAUGAUAAAGCUUCAAAUCUGGACCUUUUUUCAUCUUUCUGGGAUACCUAAUCCUACAGCCAAUUUACUCUCCACCUACAUAUGUAAUAUAGUAAUUUGCAUGUCAGAAUUGGCUUGACAGGCACUUUGAAUUUUGCAUCUUAAGGUGGUGUGCAAACUGAUCUGACAUGAUCCGCCGUAGAAACCCUUGCACCGGUGUUGCACAGCCUUCAAAGAUAAUAAGCUGCUGUUAUAGGUGCUACGGGGUCGUGGGUGUUUUUAAAAUGUUUGCAUAUCAAAUAUUUUUGAUCCUCGUCAUCCACCGAGCUGCCUCCAGCUAUGCAAACAAGAGAAUGGUGCUUUUGCAAUGAGCUUUUAGCAUUUUACAGAAGGCUGGCCCACACAGAGCUCCCAAAGGAGUGUAAUUUAGCUCAAAUUUAAUGACAUUUUGACAUUCAUCACUUUCCAAGCCAGAAUACAUUUUACAUUUAAUAACUUUGAUAGUCCACUUUUCUUCAUUACAGACUUUCCUGACAGGUCACUGCAGAGUAUGAUUAAGCAAAAAGCAUCAGUUCCUACUUUAGAUUCUGCUCCCUUGCUGUCUCAUCCUCCAUCUGGUUGGAUUUGGUUGAAUGUGAGUUAUUGCCUCAGGGAGAUUGAUGGGAACCAAACACCUUCUCUGGCACUCGGAGACAUUCUCUCCUGGGUGCCACACACAGAGUGGUUUUACGUGUGUGUGCACAUGUCCUGCAGGUUAUCUCAUGUGCAUUUUGCUGGAGUCCCUUUGCCGUAAUGUCCUCCUAACACAAAUAUACACACAGCUGGUUUUACAGGAAGGCUGCCUAGCAAUUUAGAAGGCACAGUGACUGACAGGCCGAAGUAGGCUUCAGACUCCAGUUGCUCGCUCUGCCUCAGUCCUCACAGUCAUUGACUGCAUGUGCACCUUGAAUAACCUUCCUUCUCCUCCUCUCUUCUUUCCUCUUCACUCUAACUUCUUCUACCCCACCCUUCUAUCUUCUAUUCUUUUCUAAUACAGGUGGACGCGGGUUGGAUUGGUUUCUGGUCGAGUGUCGGUGGAUGCGUGUUUGGGGUAGCAAUGGCCAGGUAAGUGUCUUUUUUCAUCACCCUACAUCUGUCUCAUUCACAGUAAUCAAAGGGCAAAAAUCUUCUCUGACAUCAUGCUCAAGAUAGGAAGAUGUCUUCAUUUCACACAGCUGAUUUCCAGAUUAAAAGCUCGAUAAAUAAAGGGAAUCUGGCCAUUUUUAUCCUUUCACUGCAUUAAGAUUGAUCAGCAUCUAAAAAGAUGAAGAUAAAGGUAAAAUCUGGAGGGAAACUUGACCAUAUUUGUAAAGAGAACAGUUUUUAUUUAUUAACUAUGAUAAAGAAAGAGUUAGCAUUCACUUACUGACUAGCCUACAGCACACAAAAAAACAUUUUUAUCCAAGUAAAUAGAUUAAAUAAAUAAAUUAUCCAUAGUAAUAGCUUGCAGAUGGAUGAAUGCUAACAUUUGGCAGGAGGCUAUCUUCAGCUGCUAGUUGUAGGAUUUUAACCUCUAUCAGACAAAAUGUUAACCUUGAAAGUAGCUUAAUGCUAAUGGUAGUUCUUCUAAUGGGUAUUAAGUGUGUUGAUAUGCCUUCAAUUAUAUUUACAUUUGGUCAACUAGCUAGGAAGUGGCAUGUUGAUAGAAAAGGCGUUAACUUGUUACCUAUCUGUUUGGUUGAAAACCUGGUAUGUUAAAUGUUUGGUCAACAUUAGCCACUCUUCAUCAGCACCAGCUCAUAUUUUGCAUUGCCAUACAAUAGUAGCAAAAGUUCACUCAUUAGUUCUUUUACUUUAAGCUGUUUAGCAGCUAAUAGCUAACACUGCCGUAUAUGAUAGGAAAGGUCAUGACCCCUGAGGAGAUCUAACCGCUGAGAUCUAAGAUUUAUCAUGGGUUUGAGAUUUAUCGGAAGAGUAACUCUGUAGAUGUGAUAACCCAUUUGCAGCCUUUUUAUCUGUGUUUCUAAAACAAGUAAUGUGUAAUUAUUACUGACUAUGCUUUAGGUAACCCUGAAAGUGAACCUCUGCACAGAGGCACCUUUGCUUGGUUCCAGGUCCUUAAAUAUACUCCCAACAUCUCUGAUUUUCUCGGUGCUUAAGUGAAAACAAAGUGGCAAUUCAGACUGAUUAUAAGGCUCAUAAUGGCCAAGUCAGUGAAAACUCGAUGGACCUGCUGAGGCAUAAAAUGAGAAAAUAAGCAUUUACUGUAACUUUGGUUACGUUUUCCGACCUUAUUUGCAUCUGAAUUUGUUUCUAAAGUGGUUUGAAGGUUUAACACACAGUGAUGACAGGACUGAAAAAUGUAGGAACUCCACUCUUCAGGAAAACCGGUAAAGACAAUAUUAGAUUCACCUAACUUUGCCCUCUAAGCUUUGAACAUUUACCUUUGAGGAGAAGAAAUUCUGUUUCAAAUAAAGUGCAAUAAACUUUAAAUAUAAAAUAUAGACACAAAGGAAUGAACUUGGGAAUCAACUGCAGAUCAGUGUUUUCUUGAUCCAUUUUCAUAAAGUUUGCAACACACACUGAAGAUGAAAGGAAUAACCAAUACAGAGGAAAUUAGAAAAAUGUAUUUAUAUCUACAAUGCUGUUAAGUUUUCCACCAUGUUCCUAAAAAAUGACAGUUUUGAAACUUCUCAUUAGUAAAAAGAUAAAAAUAAAAAUAAGAACUACCUUUAUUUUAAUUGCUCAAAGCUGUAGAGCCAAGAAAACCUGGGUCAUACUGGGUUCAGGGCUGACUUAUGAAAGUCAAUCCAAGGCUUGCAAAUUCAAGGACGCAACUUUUUGUUCUGCUGAAAUGGGAGCACUAUGUCUGAUUGGACUUGAAGCAGUUUGUAGCAAUUACUCAUGUUGUCUCCUCCUGUCUAGACCUUUGCUCGUGUUCUUAUGCUCAGGUCUGUGACACUUUGGACAAAAAUGUGUCUGCUGAAUAGACCUGCAGCUUUUUUUUUUUGCACGUCAGCUUCAUUUUUCAACCCUGAAGUUUGCUGCUUUGACACGAGUCACUUUUUGCCUUCAGUACCUCUGCAACUUUAACCCGAACAGGACAGUUGAUAACCUGCCAAACCCUUCUGUUUUAGAAAUAUAUGAUUCCUCUGGCAUGAAAUGACUGAUUUAAUCUUUUUCUGUCUGAUAUCCUUGUCUGCGCCCCUGCUACCUGACAAACAAGAUUUGAAACUGGCAACUUCAAAUUUUCCUCACAGCGGCUGUGAUGCAUUUAUAUUGUGCUUUAGAGGAUCCCCUGGGAGAUCUUCACUGUUUACAACAAUGCUAAUAACUAAUAAGCCUCGCAUAAAAAAACAGUUAAUGUUUGCAUUGAGGUUAAAGAGGGCGUCUCUCCCUGUCUUUCUCCCCAUCUCCUAAUUUCAUCUAGGUUCUUAAUGUAUGAUCUGAAUCCAGCAACACAGUGAGAGAGUGGGGGCGAUAUAGACGCUAAUGCAACAGCCACUUCCCCCUCCGUUGAUGGAUAGGGAGCCACAUCGCAAAGACAAAGUGUGGAGUCUGCAAAAGCAAGGGAUUCAUUCCUGCUCUGACGGAAAUAUAUGUUUAUUGCAGGCUGAGGCCCAAUCAGCACUUCCAGGCGGACCCAGUGUUUUCUUAAAGCCGUAAUCAGGGAAAUGAGCCCAUAACUCCCACUGUUAAUCAAUGAAGCUGUUUGCAGCAGAUGAAAGUGUAUGUAAACAGAGCCAUUGAAUUAUUGGUACUGAUUACGUGGACUCUGAGUCACUGGAGGGAUUGAUUAUGCUCCCGUUGGUGCAACAGUUGAUAGUUAAGUAGAAUUCAGCUUAAACAAGUGGUUCACAAAUCAUUUACUUUACGGUGCAACAGUGUGUCAAGUGUACUAAACAUGGUGUGUUGGUCUUCGAUUAUGCUGCUAAGUUUUUUUGUUUAGUACUUAACAGACCCUUCCUCACUUUAAUGGGCUGCUGACAACCUAAUCCAUAAGCUAAGAUAUUGAUUUUAAGAUAUUGACUUCUCUCGGUUCACAUUUAUGUUUUAAUUUUACAACCCCAAUUACAAAAAAAGUUGGAAACUGAUUUUGAAAGUUUCUAGCUCAUUCAAACCCUCUAUUUAGUUGAAAAUCGGUGAAAAAUCUGUGCGCACAUGGCAAAAAAGCUCGGAAAGGAAAAUAGUUUCCAGUGUGUCUCCUCUUUCAACAACACUCUGUAAAAGUUUGAGAACCAGGAUCAGUUUGGUCAGACCUGUUUACGGUAUAUUGUUCAGCAAAAAUGGUGCAUUCACAGAUGUGUAAGCUACCUAUCCCUUGCAUCCUCGUACCAUCACAGAUGCUGGCUUUUGAACUGUGCACUGACAAAACAAACAAACAAACAAAAAAAAAACAAGAUGGUCUCUCUCUUCUUUAACAGGGAGGACAUUGUGUCCAUGGUUUCUAAAGCGAGUGUCAAAAUAUGAUUCAUCAGUUUUGGAGCCCUGGCCCAGAGAUGGUGCCAGCAUUUCCCAUGCGGUGAAUUCCACUAAAAAGCCAUAUCAAAUUUGGCUGCAUGAGGGUUUUCAGAUAAGAGCCAUUUAGUACUGUUUUUUGACCUUGUCCCUUUUGUACAGAGAUUUCCCCAGAGUCUCAGAACCUUACAUAAUGUACUGUAGAUAACGAAAUUGAUGAACUGUGUGCUUACAGUCUCUAACAGAAUAGUAAACCUGUUUUCACCUUUACUUCUGACAGACUCCUCAUUUGUUAGUAUUGAUGUUCGAUGUUGUCUUUGAACCAACUCUUUUGAAAUCAGGUUGACUAUCCAGUUCAAUGUCUGUUCCUAUUAUUCCAUCUAUUCCAUUGUAGACGCUGGUUUUGAAAGCAGUUUUAAACAGACGGAAACAAAAGUGGAUAUUUUUAGAUUCUGUUGCCUCAAGUUGGCCUGAAAAAGUAUUUUAUCAUUAUAAUCUUGGAAUUGAUUUCUUUUCGGUCAUGUCUCCAUUCGUCUUUAUAUUUUCUUUCUAGUUAGAUGCGGAUAAUGAUGCUUUCAUAUGCCAGAUCCUGAUUGAAGAGCUCACCUGUUGUGAUCUGUGGCUGCCGCUGCUCGGUCACUCACAACAGGGAGCAGACGUUCUCAUUAAUUACCAUCAGUCACUUGGCUGAUGGCUUUUUUCUUCCCUCAUCUCUUUGAUUGUUGAUGCAGUCGGGAGAGGUCUGAUGAAUCUGACUGAGGCGCUUUAAUUAGAAAAAGGUUUAAAAAAGUGGCGGACAGCGAAGAAAUUUAACAAUAUCUGAAAGUUCAGCCUCUUUUUCUCUGUAAAACUAAGUGCAACAUCUCUUUGCGUUUCACUUCAUCAUCAACUUUCUGCAAUAUGGCACCAUUAGAUACACUCCCAGGAAACCUUGUGGUAAUGAACUGAGCAGAGAGCAAUUUUGGUCCCUCGUCUCUCCCCCAGGCAUGCCGAAAAAUGUUAAUGUCCUUCUCCCUCCAGCUAGCACCACACCUCGCCAGUGCUGAGCACCGCUUGCCACAGGCGGCAGAAAAUAGCCCCCUGUAAAAGCUUUUUGUGCUGCAGGUGUUCCAGUUUCACUUUUUAUGCGGAAUAAAUUUCUUGAGGGACAGGCACUUGCCCCCUGCCAAAAAAAACUGGCUGCUCACAAAGAUUUCAUUGCCUCGCCGGUGGAAAGUUGAUUGGCAGGAAGCCUGAUGCUGCAGGUUCAAUUAGCGGUGGAUGCUCCAAGGUGUGGCGCCCGUCAUAGAGGCAUUUGACAAACAAUCUGGCAGGUUGCUGUUUUGAUUAUGUGGCCCAGACAGAAACUGACUGGAUGACAGUGAUAGGCUGUGCACUUUUUAUUUCCACAGAUUGAAGGAGCAAAAUGAAAUACCAAGAAGCGUCUCUUGUUAUACUCCUAUUAAGUACCCCAGGAAAUAAAGAGAGGCGACGAGGGAAUGAGGGAGGAAGGUGGCAGAAAACAGAAACAGGUUAUUCUCCUUCACAUUACAAAGGUUUGAGUGUGACAAUAAUGCAGGUUAAUAAGAUGAGAUACAGCAAACGCGAAUGGGUGUCAGCCACGGCUUAAUUUGUUACUCCUGCAAACAGUGAAAAUCUGUGAUUGCAUGCUUAUCCUCAUAUUAUACUGUCAACAUCCAUUAGGCUAUUUAUUUACUACAUGUCCCUCACUACAAAUGUCGACAGGCCCCAUAGAUACCAUCAUCCUGAUGAUAUUUCAUCGCUCCCUGGAGGCAAUGAGGGAGCAAGAAAUUGAAUCUGUACAACAUCACUUAAAUAAUCCAAUCUUUACAGCCAAUGGGGCUUGUUAGAGCAGUUUAAAAAUGUGCUUUUAUUUCUUACAUUUCCCCACGAGAUAAUAUGACACUCCAUAUGCACUGCUUUAUAUGACAUAACUUAAGACAUGCUAACCCAAUAGUGUGUCCGUUCCGGUAACACUUUACUUGACGCCUAUCUCUAUAAUGCAUUAUAAAUAUGUUUGUAACGCGUUAUAAUCAUGUUAUAGCACUGUAUAACUUUAUUUAUACACACUAAUAAAUUAUCAUAAUGCUUUGUCGCAAUAAUCAUCACAAAUUAUAAAGCAUUUGAUCAUGACUUGCAAGGUCAGGUAUUAUAAUGUGUUAUAACUGUUAACAACUCACUGACAAUGCCCACAUAGAUAAUGCAUUGUGCAUAUAUUUAUGAUGUGUUAUAACUUGCUUAUAAACUUGUAUAACUAUCAUUAUAAACACUCAUAAAUGAUCACAAGGCUUUAUAUUAUAACAUAUUAUAAUACCUGACCUUGUAAGUCAUGAUAUAAUGCUUUAUAAUGUGUUAUGAUUAUUGCUAUAAUACAUUAUGAUCAUUUAUGAGUGUUUAGAACAACAGUUAUACAGUUCUACAAAAUGAUAAUAACACAUUAUACAUAUAUUUAUAAUGCAUAAUAGAGGUAGGCGUCAAAUAAAGUGUUACCUCGGUUCCUUAUUUCAUGUUAUUAUGCAUUCAAAACCUUUCUGUAUAUAUUGGCAUGCAGCCUCCCUGCUCCUGAAUCAAAAGGCAAAUGCUGGAGUUUCAAAAAAUGAAUUCAUUUCAGCAAACGAGCGCUGUUGCUUGAAGAAAAUCGACCAAAAACAGGAAACUGUGCAUCCAUUUGGGGACUAUUUCAUCCUCAGAUUAAUACCCAUUUAAUGCUCUUAUGAGUAUUUGCAGCAGGAGAACAGUGCACGUGGGAAACAUUUAGAAAUAAAUUACCUUAAGGCUAAGUUCUUAGUAAUUAUCAAACAUUUCAUCAAGUGCAGUGGAGAGACUCAUUGAUGUUUAUUUUGAUAGUAUAAAGACAGCAAUGGAGCAGCGAUGCAGCUCAUAUCAAAGUUUUGUUUACCAGUAUUUGACUGCAUCGGUUUUUCUUGUUUGAUAAAACCAUGAUACUUUUUUAUGUUCAUUUUAUAGUGUUGCAUAAAAAGUAGUUUUAGCCCUUUAAUUCUCACAUAGCAACAUUUUUACCAAGCAUAUAUAUAAUAUCACAUAUAUAUAUAAUCGCCACAGUUUUUUGUUAGCUUAGAAUGAGCUUCCUUUAACUAUGGUGGAGCGGGUUUCUCUUGCACCGCCAUGUUCCUACAACUGCACAGAUCAAACAAACAAGGCUUUUAACAGUCCUUGACAAUGUGAGAAGAGCAUUGGUAUUCAGUGGAUGAUACAGUAUUAAAUGAAAAAGCUGUGAUUGGAUGUUUACUUUUUGUCUCUGUUAAUCUCAGUGCCUUAGAAAAACUGCUUUACAUUCAAAGACGUUGAACUCAGUUGGAUAAGACAUGUUGCUUUUGAUUGUCUUAGGCCAAAGCUCUUAAACCAAAACUCUGCUGCUUUAUAUUACUUCAUUUCAAUCCAUGACACACCUGACUUAUCUCACCCAUCGGUGACCGAGCUCUUUAUCAACUGGACUCAGGGACCAUCAGAGUUAUUAUAGGAAAUAAGCCACUUAUCAUGUUUCUGCCUAGAGGAUCAGAUUGGAUUUGAUACAGAGAAGUAGCCUGUGAUCCUCUCUGCAAAGUGAUGAGGGCUUGGCUGGAUGCAGGCUAAGGAUUUUGUUCCUCUCUGGCACCAGAGACUGGAUGUGGAGUUGUGGGAGUUGUGGAUUUAUGCCAUGCAUGAGCAGAUGAAUGAUGCAGAUUUGAGAGAUGCAGAUGUGGGAAAGAGAAAAAACAGAUCCCUGUGCAGCAGCAAAUACUGUAUCUGGUGAAAGGUCUUGUUCUUUCACUUAGAUCACAGAAAUAUGACGCCUCAGAUCUUUAUCAUCUGACUUCGAAACUUUCUUACAUUUCUCCUGACCUAGUGCAGCACUCACUUCUUUCUAUCGCCAAGAUUUCAUAUCUUUAGAAAGAUUGUUAUCUCUACUGUAUUUUUUUGUGGCUGGCUCAGCUGCUGUCAGAGGACAGUGUCUCUUACUGUGAAUCUCACAGCACAACAUUUGCUUAUCCAGAAACAGUCACCAAUUUCCUUAAUUCUUUUUCCUCCUUAUCCUGCGACAUUUUUCAUCUUUUGUCAUAAAAUGUGAGUAGCGAGCUGCUUUCAGAUGCACUACAGCAGCUGCCUAGUACGAAAGAGGAUAAGGGCCACAUGAAGAGAACAAAAAUAUAGUUAUAGAAAGGGAGAUUAAGGUUGAAAUUUCAUCAAAAAAAUCGAAAUUAUGUCAAUAGUCAAAAUUUCGAGAUAAAAAAAUAGAAAUUAUGUCAGUGAAGUUGAAAUUUCAAGAUUACAAAAUGUCGAAAUGUCGUGAAUAAUGUUGAAAUUUUGAGAUAAAAAAAAAUAUAUAUUGAGAUUAAAGUCAAAAUUUCUAGAUUAAAGUCGACACUAAUAGUUGAAAUUUUGAAUCUCGAAAUUUUGACUUUAAUCUCGAAAUGGAACUUGAAAAAAUCUCCCUAAAUUUUGGGAUUAAAUUCGACAUAAUUAGUCAAAAUUUUGACUUUUUAAAAUUUCGACUAAUUCUAAUCUUGAAAUGGAAAUUAAAAAAUCUCCCUCCUGUAAUUAUUUUUUCUCUUCUUCUGGCUCUAAUCCUCUUUCGUAGCCUAGCAACAUUAACAGUCAAAUCAGUGACAAUAAUUAUUGUAAGGAUAAGUUAAUAUUUGAAUGAACUUUGUACAAAUCAAAAAUGUAUGAAAUUUAAAUGACCCCUACUCAUGAUGACAUGUACACAAGGAGUAGAGAGAGAAUAUUCAACCGGAAGCACCAUGGGUGAUUGCAUUCAACAAAAAUACCUUGCUGUGCAUCUUUAACUGCAAAAUCUUCACCUGUUGCUGCUGUCUGCAUGUCUGUAUUCAGCUAAGGAUGCAAACAGGCAAAAAUAAAGUCAAACAAGAGAAGUCAAAGACUCCCUCUGCUGUCAACAAAGGGUAUCAUAGUUUAUUUUCCCUCUCAUUGAUCUGAAGUCUCCAUUGUGCGUGCCACUUUUCAACUGUUGCUCAGUACCGUUGCAUCCCUCUGUACCAGUGAAGUCCAAAGAUAAGCACGCAGCUCUUCAAUCCCUGUGAACAUGAAAGUAAUAUGUUGAGGCUGUGAAUGACAGCUCAUGAAAUCCCAGGAGACAUUGAUGUUGUCUAAAAAUGCCACUGGAAUCUUCUGAGUGGAGAUGUUCUCAUUAUCCGUCCCUCAUCAGCCCGGCCCUUCAGAGCGCUGUCAGAACUUCACAACCUAGCUGAACUAAUCAGCCAUUUCCAGCACUUCUCUUUAUUCUUGCAUUAAGUUCAUUGUCAAGUUGAACCCUCUUUUCUCGAGCAUCUCGACUGUGAGCAACAAAACAAAAGCAAUUAGUGUCUGUCUUAGCUUCAGGCUUCUGUAGCUUCAUCUAAUCUUUCACCAGCAUACGUAUGCAAACCCAGAGGACAGGAGAGGACGUAAUGAACUAUGAUGGUUUAGAAAGGGCUAUGAAGAAAAACCUCAGUCCUCCAGAGAGUUUGGUGAACGGCUGGAUGGCUUGUCUUCCACAAUAUUAUACAAUCCGCAUCUCAAGUCCGCCUGCUUAGCUGGUGAGACAAAUUGAAUCAGCUCCUGGAUAAGUGUCGGCUUGUGUAAUGACAAGUACAACUGACGCACUCAGAAACAAGUGGGAGACGGAAAUGAUCUCGCCGUUCUCUGAAACAAUGAAUGUCUCCUGUAAUAGAUUAUGACACCAGUCACAGAGGAAGCAGACGUUUAGAUUUUUCAUAGGCGUCGUUGGCGUUCAUAAAGGAAGCUGCUUGUUUUUGAAGCAGCUGUCUUUGCCGACUUUUUGUCCUAUACAUGUCACAGUAUUGGAAUCUCAAAUAGGGUCUGAACUCGGCUCAGAGUUUGUCAGUUUUUUGUAAAAUGUAGCUUCAACCUUUUUAUAACUUCUUAAACUCAUAUCAGCCUACAUGAGAUGCAUGUUUUACCUCUGAGAGCCAGGCUAGUUAGUUUUCAACGAGCAAAGUCGAACUUGCCCUCUACUUUCUUGCUGUUUCAGGUCACAUCAAGCUUUUAAAAAAAAUAUUUAUUAUGCCUCCAUGAAUAGUUAUAUAGAUUUAUUUGUGUUAGUAAGAAUCUAAUAAUGUCUUAUAAGUGACUUAUUACAUAUUAAUUACAACUUAUUACAACCAACACAAUAUUGAGUGUUACCAGGGUCUGUAAUACUUCAAAUGAACCCACCAUUUAUAAUACAUUAUAAGCACAUUAAUAAAGCUUUAUGAUGAUUGUAGGCAUUCAUAACAGCCAUGUUAGUUCAGUGUUAUUAGCUGUGAAAAUAUUUAUAAAGGUAUGAUUUCUUGUGCAUUCUACCUUACUGAAAAACGACAAACAGCGUCUUUUGAAUUCUGUAAGAGGUCAUGUGCCUUUUAACAGGCUAAACCAAGAAGAGCAGAUCUUUUGUUGAAACAGCAAAAGAGGUCACAUUAACUGUGCAUGGCUGUUAGUGCCAAUGUUUUUGAAAUGAGGUCCAUUUGCACAGAAAGGGGCCAGUUUUUUUCUUGUAAAUUGAUGCAUAAUGGAUCAUUUAAUUGUAUACAGACAACACAGGAGCACAGUUUGUGGUGCACUUAGAUAUUUGUAUAUGCUUUGUGAGUUUGAAAAUACCUCUGCGCAAAAGCUGAGCAGCCCUUUUGUGAACCAGGUCCUGAAUUUAAUGGUGCAUAAUUUAACCAGACAAAGGAUUAUUGUCACCUGAAGAUCAAAAGUUAGCAGCUUCUUUUCUUGCAGAAUCUUUGCGAAAGCUCCACAAAGAGUCACAGUGUCAGAGUAAAACUCUCUGCGGUUUUUCCUCAUUUGAUCACCUUCAGAGAGACAAAGACCUCUGGAGUGAUUUUCACUUUAUUUGUGUGAAUGAUCAACUCUGAAGAAAUCCGACUUGAAAACAGCUGAGCCUCCACAAAAGAAAUAGAGACAGCUCGUCUUGCAGACCCUUCUGGUCAGCUGCAAGUGCCAAAAAAUGAGCAUUAGAGAGUCAUUAAUUUUAAAUUUUAACUACUAUUGUUUUUUUUUUAUCAGCUCCUGGUAAAAAAAAACUGCAGGAGCUGCUGCAGAAUUUCUACAGCUGAAAAAAGUGCAAAUAUCCAUCGGUCAAAAAUGCACUACUCCAGAGUCUGAUGAUACAGAUACUUCCACAUUACCCUUUUUUGUUGAUGUUUUUACUAAAUGAUAUCCAUCCUGUUUUUUUCCAGGUUUGCAGACUCCAUACGAGGGAUGCUAAAGCUCAUCCUGGUGCUGUUGCUGGCGGGAGCCUCCCUGUCCUCUACCUGGUUUACACUCACCUGUCUUUGCAGAGUCACUCAUCUCCCCUCCACAGCAGGUGGGCCCUCAUAUGGCAUCACAGUCAUGGUUACAUUACACACAGGCAAUGAGCCGAUGAGAUACACCCAAGCGCCAAAUGAAUCCAGUGGGCAGCUCAGGAGUCUUUGCCAAAUUGAUUUUCACAUGCAAGCCAAUCCACUCCGAAUUAUUGGAUUGAUUUGUUCGAGUCCAGACCACAAGUGUGUAUUUUUUAUGUAUUACACCUUCAUCUGAAGGUCAGGGUUACCCUCCAGAUUUCCUAUGGAUUUAUCUCCUGGAUUAAUGUGCAGCAUGGAAUAAAUUCAGCCUUUAGUCCAUCUCUGGAGUGGUUUCUUUUAUAACUUAGUUGAUUUGUCACUGCAAGAUCAAGAAAAUGUAAUAUGUAAGCAACCAUGCUAGGAGUCCUUCCUGCAACAUCAUCACUUCCCCUUCUUUAAAUGACAAAAUCCUGAACAAUGAGAGCUUGCAGGUGUAUGAGCAGUUGAAGUUUCCUUCCUGGACUAGCUCACAACCUCCAUUUUUAAUUGCUAAUGGUGGCUUGAGUUGAAUCAACUGCAAAUCAGAAAAACAGUGCUGCAGCCCCAUCUCCAAAUGUUCCUGUAUACAUUUUUUGAUACCAUCUCCAAAGCAGAGUCAUCCGGGAGGUAAAAUAUUUCCCUCUCGACUUCAUUUAGGCUGAGUUCCCUGCAGAAGAAACGCUCUGAAUUCCUGUAAAGGUUCCCCGUCUCAGGGGGAAAGUCUGAGCGGGGAAAUGCAGCUUUGGAUGCUCAAUGACUUCUUAUUUUUAUGGGCCUGAAAACUCUGUGGGAAAUGUCUUCAUUGAUGCCACAGAUUAUUGCACUGCCCCUAAAUCAAGUCACAAAAAGAUAGCUAUGAAUGUAAAUAUCCUCACACAAUCUGGGAGUCUAAACUCAACAUGUAGGUCAUGUCAUUUUUCUCGAGUGUUGAAGUUCGGAGCCAAAAUUUUGAACAAUGUCCUCAUUUCCAGUACUUUAUGACUGCAUUGUAUACUUUCUACAUAUUCAACAGAGACAUUCCAUUAGUGACAAGCAUUAGGGACAUUAGUGGACUGGGCUGCUUUUACCAAAGCCAAAGCAAUAAGCAUACCAGCAUGUUGUUCAAAGCUGCUGAUUCUAGCCAUCAUCAUCCAUCAUCAUUCUCCGGGCCCUGGCACUGCUCUCUCUCUCUCUCUCUCUCUCUCUAUCUCAAACACACACACACACACACACACACACCCUCUCAUCCCUCACUCUGGCCGCCUGCAGCAGUCCGGCUCCAACCUGGUACAUCCACCUGGCAUAUCAUCCCAGAGUGUGGUGUGAUAUUGCAACAAAAUCGGCCCAAAGCACCUCAUUAUCCUGGUGUGGGCCUGUCAGUACCGCACAAACAGUAAAUCAAAGUGGGAUCAAAAUAAUCUGCAGGGUCUUCCAACAUCUUCUGGGAAAAAAAAUCUAUAAAUCUAUAAAAAAGUUGACUUAUGUUUUUUCCAGCUUUAGGUCUUUCCCACAGUCCCCAAAUAAAUUUCAGUGACUUGGUAUUAAAAGUCACAAGUUUACACCCUGUAAACGUUUCAUCACCUUUAUUACCUGGUAAAUACUCCUUUUUUAUGAUCACUUAGAUCUAGAGACAAAUCAAUUAGAUUAAAAAUUUUAUGGAUUUACUCAGUUCAAAAUAUAUGUUAUAAAUCAACUUUGUGGUUUCAGCUGGUGCUCCCUGUGUUGCAUAAUCACUUUGAUGUAGCUUGCCAAAUUUUUAAGUGCUGCUGAUUGUAAAGUUAAAGCACAGUUACACUGCUGCAGAUGCACAGAAGUAAGAGGCCAUGUGUUGAGCUUUUCUUUAUCUUUUGAGUAAUUUUAGGGGUAAAGGGGGAGGGGGACAGUUUUUGCCUGUUUUAAAGGUCUUGAAGUAUGACGUAGUCUGCACAUGGGGAGGCUAAAGUUGAUGGUUGCUACUUUUGCAGUCUCAUCCCCAAAAAUCCAAAUGAUCCAUCCAAAUAAACACCCCCUAUCUAGGGAUGCAAAUACAAAGAAUAAUUUCUACUUAAUCAUUGUAAAUCUAAGCUAUCAGUUAUCAUUGACUGUUGAAAUCUUUGUCUAAUGGCAACAAAACAAUGUUUGUUUUUUCUAAAUCAUGUAGUUAUAUAUAACCGACAGUAUUACAAAGCUGCACAACUUAUGCCGGGAUUCCACCAUAUGCAGAUUUGCUACGUUACGCUCCUGAACCGCAGGCUUAUCAAAAACGCCACCAGAUCCGAUCCGCUGCCACAAGCGGAGGAGAAGCGCUUGCCAUAUUACUGAUGUUUCCUGCGAGACUGGACGAGAUCUCAUGUGUUUCACCAUGAGACAUUGAAUGAGAUCAGCGGUGUAUGUAAACACCCACAUCCCACAACCCUGGUCCCUCCCAUUAUCACGCAAAGAACAGUUCAGUUCAACAUAUUUGCUUUAUUUUAUUUAGAAAAUUUACCUGAUAUUUUACUCUGUAGCCACAUACAACUUCCGCUGCCACUCGUGCUGGGCUGAAUUGAUGCGUUGUGCUGCAGCGUCCGGCAAAAAUAGAAACCUUGCGUAUCUGAUCCAUUGAUUAUAAUGCUUGUGAAGUUGAUCAGGCUGCUGUUCCAUUUCCUGUGGAUUUUAGCAGUUAUAGAGGGGUACAAGUGGUUCAGCUUAGCGUCAGUAUCAUCUCCAUAUAUGGUAAUACAAAGCACGGCUCAAAUUACACACUGUGGAUUUGCUACAAGAAUAGACCUGAUCAGAAAGCUUCUUCAGACUCACGGUGUCAAAGGUUGUACAUGCUUAUUCUUAUUGAGAAAAUUACCUUGUCUGCAUUGUCGGAUGCCAAUCAGGGGAGCAUUCAGCAUCGCAAAUGUUUUGUUUUCUUCUGCACAGUAUUAUGAUAUAUCCAGCCAGGUCUUUCUCCAGUGCUGGCAUGUUGCUAAAGCAAACCGUGGAGAGAGAUUGAGUAAUGCAAGGCCACACACUCUUACAGCAAUCAGAAAAAAAGACCACUUAAGUUUUAGGAUUGUUUUUCAAAAAGACAAGCAAUAUGAGGAAAUCACAUUGUACUCUUGGAAAAUGGGAUAGAAAAUAUCACCAUUUUGAGAUAUUUUGUUGAGCAACAAAUUCAGUAAUAAAUCAAGAAAAUAACCUUCAGAUCAGCCGAAACAAUAAUGAAAAUAUAGUUAUUUAAUCCAUGAAUGCCUGCUUCAUAAUUGUUAUGAGACUCCCAGUGUAUUAAGUAGAAAAUAAACUGUGUUUCCUUGAAAUUGGCAUGUCUCUAUGCUGCUGCUCACCAUGGUUCUCCUUCUUACUGCCUUCUGGGAGCUGAUUCAGUAACGUCAGGGGAAAGGUGCUGCGGUUGAAGAUCUCUUUGGUGUUUGAUAUCAGUGCUUCAUUAGGGGUGAAUAGAGACGAGCAGGGGGAAUGCCGCCUUUCAUGGGUGCAUGAGAGACUCUUGGUUCCCGUCACAGGCAGGCACGCAGAGACCCUCAGAGGCGCUGUGAUUAGAGGGACGUGCAGAAUAAUGGGGAGCUCAUUUGGACCAAUCUGCUGUGUGAUAAGGGAGAUGGAGGGUGGCGUGAUGCUCCAGAGGUGACGGCUUAAUCUCUGCACACAUCCACUCUCACACACAUAUUUUACUUUAGGUCACAGCGAGAAGACUGCAGUGGAGACUAUCUGAUUGCUGCACAGAUACCCACACUCACUCACUUACACACAUGUACACGACUGAUAAUGAACAAGCAAUAAUCCUACUUUACAAAACUUUGCAACAGAUGACCUCCACAAACUUCAUUUUGGGAAAUAGAUUGAGCUGGACAGCACAUCAUAAUUCUAAAUUAAAAAUAAAUUCUCCAGUCACUUAUUUAUUUUUUUUUUUUUACUCAAUUCAACCAAGAAUUUCACCCAAAGCUAACCAGCAGCAGCCAACACAAGCAGAAACAUUCCCAUCAUGCCUCAGGAGCAAAUGAGACAAGCUGUUUACUAUGGGGACAUCUGCACAUUUUGGCAACAGAGUCUGAAAUUAGAUUUUAAUAUAUUGUCGAAUCCAUGAAAUGAGUUGCAACUUAAUUAGGACUGUGCAAGUAAACUCAAAUGUGCAAAAUAUCACAAAGGAAAUUGAAAAUUAAAUUGCUGUCACAGUGCCACUAAAGCCGCCGAGUGAUCCUCCAUGCCAAACUGGGAGGAACGUCGCCACAUUAAGAAGUGUGAUGUGUUUGGAUAAAAAACUUUAAAAACUCUCUAGUGAAAAGCCAAACAUUUAUCCCCCAGCAGAGGUGGAAGUGAUGAAAUGGAACGUAUUUUUACUGUAUUAAAGUAAAGCCAUCUGCUCUUUACUUGAGUGUUUUUUUCCUCAACAACCUUUUUAUUUUUGAACGUGUACAUUUUGAACUCAAAUACCCGUUCUUUCUUUUUACUCUUUGAAACAUAUUCAUUUCUUUGACUGCAUUCAAGGGCAGCUUUUGGUUAUUAAUAUACAGAAAAUCAAGAUCAACUUUGGCACAACUAGAUUGGGAAAAUAAGCUUAUUUAUGAACAUAAAACAUGAUUCUUUGAUGUAGACUUAAAGGGAUAUUCUGGCGUAAAACUAGACACCCCCUUGAGAGAUGAAUGUUGCCGACUGCUUGCUUCUCUAGUUUUACCAACUUUAGUAACAACCGCACGAUAGCAAUACACAGCAGUCUGAGGAGCCAUAAACAAACCUCAACCAAACCGCCACUCUAUAGCCACAAAUAAUGCUCAGAACAGCACCUAACUUCAUCAACAGUAUAUAUAGGGUCCCAAACAUAGCACUAGCCACCAAACAACUUUUUAACUUUGCUUGAUUUCUUUAGCAAAGAGACCAAACACAACUCACCCACUCUCUUCCAGCAGCCGCUUGUUUGUCGUGAGACCUCAGGCCAGUCCAUUACAGACUGCUGCGGGGUGACGCAGCUCAAGGAAGAACAUUUAUCAUCAUCUCCUCAUGGAAAUGCAAUCAGACAGAGAUGCUAAGUCAGAAGAACUACCGCAUCUGCAGUGUAAAAUGAUUAAUAUGAUGAUUAUUACUUAAAGGAAAUGAUAAAAUAAUGAUGAUAAUGAUCAUUUUGGUUGAGGUUUGUGUGUGGCUCCUCAAACGCGGUGUAUUGCUAUGUGCGGUCGUUACUAAAGUUGGUAUAACUAGAGAAGCAAACAGUCGGUCACAUUCAUCUCUUGAGUGUCUAACUGUGUGUUAUGGUGUGUUUGACCCUAAAUUAAUUUUAUGCCAGAAUAUCCCUUUAAAGUGUAUGUGUUGUAUGACAGACUUUCAAUCACAAAACUUGAUUUUAAGACCAUAGUUAAGAUAAAAAGUUGGAUGUUUUAUCUCUACCAGCUAAUGUACAAAAGUGAAGUCAAAAUAAUCCUGACUCGGGCUACAAAUGUUUGACUCCACCUUAAGGGAACUGUCCAGUCACCCUUUGUUUCAUACAACCUAAGCUUAGGACAUAUCAAGACAAAACAGACAAGAGAAGGAUGAGACAUCCAGAACAUCUGCAGUGAAGUAAACAUCUGUGUCCUUGGGCCUCCUGUAUACACAGCAUCAAAAGCUGCCGAGUAUUCAGGCACAAAUGGAUGUUUUGUCUGAUUACUUUGGUGUGGAACAAAGGAAUCAAGGUGGAAACAUGUAGGUGAAAACACAAACCUGAAAUAUUCCACUUGUGUCACUGCAGACCAAGUGGAGGUGAUAAAUGAGUUAGCAGAGAUGGCAGCAAACUGGCGUUUUUCAUCCAUGCACCUACAAUAUUUUGGUUUUGUCCCUCGUAAAUUUCCAGCUUAAGGGCUUGCAGUGUAAUUGAAAUAUUUUUUCAGGAUGAGGGUUCAGCAUAAAUCUCAGCGCCGCUAAGAACAAGCGGUACCUUAGGAGGAUGUGAGAGUGGCAUAAAUCACGACUACUCUUCCACAAACUUGACCAGAAUGCCAUCCUUUUUUUAAAAAGCUCCUCUGAUAGGAUUCAAACCCAUUUAUUCAGCGUCACAAAUCCACAUCAAACUCCCUCUCCCUGCUGUUCUGAUGUUUAUUUUUCUCCUUCCCAGCCAUCCUCUACACCUCCUGCAUCCUGGUGGGCAUCUUCAUGAACAGCAGUGUGCCAAUUUUCUUCGAACUCUUCAUCGAGACCGUGUACCCGGUUCCUGAAGGCAUCACCUGUGGAGUGGUCACUUUCCUCGCCAACCUAUUCUGCGGCUUGCUCCUCUUUUUCCUCACCUUUUAUAGCACAGGUAAGACAGACACAAGAGUGGAUAUAAAACGCGAUCAAACUCCGUCUGCUGUAUUAGUCUUUGAAAGUGUAACCUCUUGAAUAGCUUAUUAUUGUCAAUGAAAGAGACAAGAUGCUUCAUUCAGAAGCGCGCUCUCCUCACUGCAGGUUCCAGACUCCAUUGUUUCCAAAAAUCCAUUUCAAGCCCCGCAGAUAUUUCGAUAAAAGACACAAAAUUAGGUUGCAAUCCAAUUGACACAUUCAGCACAAAGAAAGAAAAAUCCCCUUUUGCAAUUUAGCCCCCGAUUUAUCUUUUGAGCUUACUUCCUGGCAGAGUUUGAUGAAAUAAUUUAGGAACCAGCAGAGAGGACAGGAUGUCAUCUGCCACUUUUCUGCCCCGCAGCUUUCAUGAGAGCAAGCCCAGUCGGUAAAACUCGCUCAAUCAUCCGUAUAGGCGUCAGGAGUGGGUAAAAGGGCUGUUUUGUGUGUGGGUUGGUGUGAACUCGUGUUUGCUUCCAUGUGUUGUUCUCCGCUGUGAUAUUUACCCACCAGUCUUCAGUUUUAUUACCCCUCCCCUGCAAGUUUGGCUACAUCACAACACAAAUCAGCUGAGUUGAUGGAUCCGUCUCUGACUCUCCCUCCCUCUGCCUUGUUUGUUAGGGUAAACAGCAGAUAUAUUUCCAAACCCUCAUAAAUAUUUAUCAGCUUCUUCCUCCCACUCUGCCGAGUCUCUCUGAUUGCCGUGAGGAUACUGACAGCUGCUGCCUGACAACUGUAUGUUGAUCCUGCCUUCUGGGUUGCCGCGCCAGUGCAGGUGGAUAUGAAUCUAGUUCGACCUCAACAGCCGUCGAGCCAAGAGGCCCCUGGGGGCCUGCUAACAAGCACAACAGUCGGAGCAUAAAACCAGCUAAAAACAGCUGGUCUCAACAAUUUACAUUACCUAUGUUUUUGAGGCUUCAACUUUAAAAUAUUUUCAUUUUAGUGAGACAUCUUUCAGCUGAAUCCUAUUGUUGCUGCUUCAUUUAAGCUUUCACAAAUACUCUAGAAAUGAUCAGUUUGUUUGUAAUUUUAGUUUUUUAAUGGACAUUAUCUUGAAGAGGGCAGCACAGUGGUAUAGUGGUUAGCAUUGUUGUCUCACAGCAAGAAGGUCCUGGGUUCGAAUCCAGCUCAGGGCAUUUCUGGGGGUAGUUUGCAUGUUCUUCCUGUGUCUGCGUGGGUUUUACUCCGGUUUCCUCCCACAUCCCAAAAACAUGCAGAAGUGGGGUUAGGUUAAUUGGCCACUUUCAAAUUGCCCGUAGGUGUGAAUGUGAGCGUGGACGGUUGUUUGUCUCUAUAUGUCAGCCCUGCGAUGAACUGGCGACUUGUCUAGGGUGUCCCCUGCCCUUGCCCCAAGAUGCUGGGAUAGGCUCCAGCGACCCCUAACGGGAAUAAGCAGUAGAAAAUGGAUGGAUGGAUGGAUGGAUUAUCUUGAAGAAAACUGAAACUUCAAGCAAGAUUUAAAAAAAAACUUUAAAUGUUCAGAUUCUUUUAAUGUCCCAAUUGAUGUUAAAGCUGCUGAUACAGCUGCAGUUCCUCAUGUCAUCUAGUAGACUGUUCCACUGAGUUGUGGCUUUUGCAGAAAAAGCUGACUGUGCAGAACAAUCUCUUGAUGCAGAUAUUCUUGUGGAUUUUAUAGUCGGAAACUGAUGCAACAGAGAUGGGGCCAAACUCUUUACAAUCUUAAACAUUAGUCACAUACGUGAAAACACUGCUUUUGGUUAUAAUACAGCACUUAGCCUUGACAUACAUUGAGGGGUUUGACUUAACUACCCACAAAAGUAAGUCCUCACUGCUGUGAAGUAUACCUUUUACUCGCGUAGAUUACUAAACUGGUAGUUCUACUUUUCUUUAUGUGAAAUGUUAUAAAAAAAUAAAAAAUAAAAAAAAACGUAUUUAUUUUUCAAUCGAAUCUUUUAUAAAUAUUUCUUCUCUGCAUUUUUAGAGACUUGGUCCCAGCAGAUUUCCAUUAGUCCUGACCUGCUGACUGUAGGCCGUAAGCUUCACACUGCAAAAUGAUUGACACUUAACACCCAAAAUAAAAGAAAUACUGUCUGCAGACACUCGCUGUUGUGCACUUCCUCUGGAUUAUUAAUGGAAAUCAGAGCACAUAUUUGUAGGAUUUUACAUCAUUUAUAUGACUUUUUUUUAUUUUUUUGUUUUUGAGUUGCAGUUUCUUGACAUAAAGUAUCACCUGUUUGCAAGGUGGUAAAAAAUUGAAAUGAAUCUAUCAGAUAUUUCUUAGGAGCUUCAUUUUUGAAGCUGUAGUAUCAAAAUAGGUGUCAAUAUAAUGAUGAUUUUUAGUAGUAUCUUAUGGAAAUUUUAAACAUUUGUAUUGUGACAAUUUAAUCUCUGACAAUGACUUUCAAAACUUUGAUUUUUUUUCCUUUUUUAUUUUUUAUUUUUUUUCCAACCAAAACCAACAAACUGAUGAUGGUAUAGUUGAAGUUUAGAGUUUCAAUGUGGCUAUUUUAAUUGAUUAUUAAUCUGCAGAGAUCUAAUAAAUCUUAAGAGUGAAGCUCAUGUAAUUUAUGAAAAUUUUAGGAUGCUCUCGCAAUAAUUUCUCUAGGGAAUGAGGAGGCUUUUGCUAUUUAAAACAUAUAAUUAAAGAUUAUACUUUAUAGUUUCCGACACCUUUAUAUGCUCUCAAAUCCUCCUCCUCCUCGCAUCUCCUCUCUUCUGAUCUCUGUGACGAAGCGAUUAAUUCUCUUAAACGGUACGCUCUGAAAACGUACCUGCUGCUGCUGUCACAGCUUUUUGACCUAAAUAGAUCUUCAGAGCAGUGAUACUCUGAGCUCUGACUGUUUCCCUGCCAAACUGGCUCGCAAAGAAGUAAAUAUUACAGGGGGACUGCCAAAACACACAUUUGGCAGUGAGUCGACAUUGCACCAAAGCAAAAAAAGGUCAUUUAUAAAAUGUGAUUUCUUAUUUAAGGAUUAUAGGAUCUCAUUUUUCAUGGAUAUAUAAUCUUUAAAGCAGCAUUUGUGUUCAAAGCAGGGCUUAAUUUGUACAAGUUUAAUACAAAAAAGGUCUAAAAGCUCCAUAGCAAUGUAUGUCUAGGUUCGGAUUUCUGUUAGUGUUGUGGCACACGAGGAGAAAAAAUAUUACAUUAAGAUGAAUGAGCUUUAUUUUGAAGAAUGCUCCUUUUUGGCGAGAUUCAAGCUCUCCAUUGACGUGCUUUCAAAUAUUUCCCAUUACAGUGAUGCAGAUGGAGGUUUGGCUCAGUGCGUUCAACAGGUGUAGUUGAAAUGACUCAGAAGGAUGCUAAGUGGAUUGGUUUAAUUGAGUCCGUGUCAUUUUUUCCCGGAAAAACAGCGGCGGGAUAACUCAAACAGGAGGUGGAAGCUGUUUGAAAAUUGGGAUUUAGAUGCUGAGUGAUGUAUUUUGAAUAGUCUGAACCUGCGUUAUGUCAGUCUGGUGAUGAAUCAUAGAUUAGAUAGUAAUAGAGCAGGUGGGGAUGGAUGAAGCAGCCGCACACAGUCACAAGAGUGGGACUUAUAAAGAAUACAUGCAUCCUCUGCUGGGCUGAGUGAUUGACUGCUGUGAGUGAAGGUAUGUGUGAGUGUGCAUGUUUUGUGUCUUUUCUGUAGGGGCUUCUUUUUCUUUCACUUUAGAAGCAGACUCAUGUGUGUGUAUGUGUGCAUAUGUGUGUGCGUGCAUGUGUACGUGGGCGAGCUGAAGGGCGUCUGAUGUUCUGGGAUGGAUCCUUGACAACUUUCCUGUGACAGCCGGAGAGAAGAUCAAGCCGAGAUGAUAGAGGCUUUCGUUGCUCUUUUCUUUCACUUCCCACCCUGCAGUCGUCUAAUAGAGCAUCCAGGGUGUAUUGUCAGGAAGUUCACUUUGCUGCAGGCGUGUAGACACUAUAGAAAACUAACUGAGCAGGAGAUUGCCACUGACUACCUGCCUGCACUGAGUGUCUAAGGAUGAAGAGUUGUUUAUGUUGAUUAUAGCUGCUCUAAUAACAGACAGCUAACCACUGUUUGCAGGCUCAGACUGUAGAUUAUAUACCGGGACUUUAUAAAACAUGCUCAGCUCUGUAUUGUACUGUGUGUCAAUGGCCCCGUUUACAUGGAUAGUUUUCCUCAAUCUGAUUGAAAUCAAUCGGAUCAAGUGAAUCUGUAAAGUAAAUUAUCUGUAAAUUAAGUAAAGAGAUCCACGUUCAGUCUGCGUUUUCAUGGCCCCAGCUGAAUCCAAUUGUAUUCUAUUUUAUCAAUGGGAAUUGUUAACGGGAACCAUUGUUUUAGUUCCAUUUUAGAGUUGCGCACGGACGUGUUUGUGUGUGACACCGCCGGAGUUACCAGACCGAGCAGAGUAAGGAACCCUAUGUGUUGAAGUUUAAUAAAAGUAUAAUCCAGCCGGGUUACACAGCAAGAAGUGAACGCUUCGUCAGUCGCACGAAACAACACACUUUAACACUCCACCGUCCAGUUUUUCUGUUUGUUCGCCAUGUUUGUUUUCGUUUGGGCGCGCUCUGCGUACGUUACUACGUGCCUCUUACGUACUACCUAGCGCCUGCGCAGACCGAACAAGCCUCUCUGUAAAAUAAAUAAAUAAAUAAAUAAAUAAAAAUAAAAAAACAAGCCUCUCUGUAAAUCCAGUCCGCUCCAUUCAGCCGUAUAUAUGGAGCAUGGAGCGGAUUAUCAAUCGGUGUAGACUACCUUUUACAAUCCGACCCGAAAUACAAUCAGAUCCAGGUGAAUCAGAUUGGCUAAGGUGUUUAUAUGAGACGUUUUGAAUCUGAUUGACCUUUCAGUCUGAUUGUAAAUGGGAUUUUUGGACCCAUGUAAAUGGGGCCAGUGAUUUAGUCAUCUUAAAACACCAAGCACAAAUACUUUAUUUAUGAGAAACUGACCCUACCCAGUUGAAAUGUUUUGCAGCUGUUUAAAGGAGUACACAGAGUCUUUUCACUGGUUUACCAAAUAAAAGAACAAUUUACUUAAUGAGUUCAACCUGAUUAGUAAUUCGCUCAUUGUUGGAAAUGUCAUAAAAUGAUGCUUGAUUAAGAGCAACACAAUGACAGUGACUGCUGCACUGAAAAGACAAUAGAGAUUCGUUUUUAUUGAGCUGACGAUAAAUGAAUAAAUGUGUAUUUUAGAGGUACUUAAAAAAGGAGAAUGCACAAUGUUUCAAUGUUUCUUUUAAAUUCAUCCAUGCAUGUAAACAUGAGACCAUGUAAGAUCACAAUCAGAACAAGAAAGAAGUGACUGUAACGUAGGGUAUUUGAGUUUCCCAGUAAAAACGAGUGCUAAAUCCAGAUUCAAAACCAGUUUUGGAGUCAAAUCCAAAGAAAAACUAAUCUUAUAAAGGUUCUGUAUAAAUGGGUUAAUGAUAUGAAGCUGUGUUUACUUAUGAAAAGGACUUUACGAUCUCUCCCCUGUGUAAUCUAAACCCCCCCGUCUAUCUGAAUUGAAAAAGUGCUUGUUUCCUGUUUUGCUCUAAAACAACUGUGUUCUGUUCUCCUAAAGCGAUCCCUCCUGCAAAGAUAAAUUUGAUUAUUAUGUAAAUCCCCCUUUGGAAGUAUUCUAGUGGGCUGUCUCAUUACUCUAAUUUCCUCUCUCUAUUCCCAUAAAGGCGGGGGCGAAUGAUAUGCCGACUUUAAAACUGAUAAAUUCUGCAUGAGCCUCGUCUUUUCAAACUCUCCUUUUUACCUCCUGAAAUUGAAAAUUUGCAACACCAGCCUUUGAAGAUUUCCAUCUAUUUGCAGUUUGUGGUUCAUGUGAGGGUUUUCCUUUUGGCUUUUCACCGCCUCAUUAUGCAUUUUGAUUUCUGUUUCUUUCUCUAGCGAGCCGAGAGGAGUUUAUGAAUUUACCUCCUUGACCGUUUUAAUAUCCAUGAGCAGCCAGUCCUGGUUCAUUGAGCCUCACCUGGCCUCUUGGCUCUCUUUUCCUGUUUUCAGAAACCCAUAGAAAAAUCUCUGAACCAUGUGACUCAGGAACAUGAAUGGAGUCCAAGGGCCAUAUACCUGUGUCUGUUGCUCCUCUUUUGGAUUUCAUCUGCUGUGUGUUUGUGUCAUUUGGAGCAAUGCGUCUGGUGGAAUACAAAGCAGCAGGGAGGUAUUGUGGAGCGAAAAAGCCUCAGAGGUUUUGUAGUUGUGGAAGAAGAGGAAGAGGAGGAAGAGGAAGAUGAGGAGGAAUAGGGUUGAGUCUCCAGCAUUGAGGGGGAGCUUAGACUUUUUCAGCUCAGACAGAAAUAAUUGUAGCACUCAUUUAUUCCUGAGAAGUUUCUUUUUUUUUUUCUGCUUAACUUUGCAUUUUCGUCUGAAGAGAAAACGCAGACAAACUUUUCUUACCCCCCCGUUAAGAAUGUGGAGGUGUUUAAAAAAACAAACAGCCUCUCUUUUGCAGAGCUCAGUCACCCCUGAGAGGAUAAAUGCCUUUUUUAUUUUCUGGUUUUGAAAUCUUUUGGAGAGUUUUGACUCAUGUGUGAGAAGAAACACUGACAUAUAAACAGCUUGCAAACUCACAAAGUACACCCACAUGUGCGUGCUUUGGCAGACUCGAUGAAUAAUCUCGCUCUAUAGGUGCGUUCAACAACCUGUCGAUCAGAAGUAAAUACGUCCAAAUGUUCUAUAAUGAGGAGUUGUCAGGUUCCUUAUAUGUGGCUAUCUUUCUCCGAAUGCCUGACCUCAAUCUUUUUUAAACAAAAGCAGCAGACACUCAACUGAAUGGAGUUUCAUUAAUUAUAACGCUGCAUUGACCUCAAUUAAGACUGACGAAGGCCAUAAGAUUCCUGUCAGCCCAUGACUCGAUCUUCAUCUGGAACUCCGAUGUGCUGACGGUGGCAGCUGCAGUAAUAGGCUGUUAACAUGAUGAACUGUCCGGCGUUCACACCGAUGUUUCAGAGUACACUCAUUCUGUCACACUGGACCUGCUUUAUUUAAACUCGCUGCUGGCGAACCGAAUGGACAUUUUUUGGCUCGUAUGCAAACGUUAUGGUUCAUUUAAAACUUAGAGCAGCAGUUUAACCAGCUCGACAACCUCUGCUGUUUUUGCUUCUGUCUUCUAGUAUGCUCAUAACCUUUUUUCAUGCUGGGACAGUUGUCUAAAAGAAACCCAGAUUGAUUUUAUAAUUAGUCGGUAAACUUCCAGACUGCUGUUGUUAACAUGUUUUUCAGUUUCAGGACAUCACUGAUACUAAGUACAUUUUUUUCAAUCUGUUUAACAUGCAAAAUGAGACAUAUUAUUGAAAAAAAAGGAAAUUGACUUGUAGCUUUUCCCUUCUGAAUACAAUAUUCAACAGAGCUGAUUUUGCUUGCUUAUUCCAGGAAGAAAUUGUGUCACAGCUGUCAUGAAUCAACUCUUAAGUUUCCUCCCUAUUCCCCCUCCCACCCCCCCACCAAAUAAAUAUAACAAAAAAUAUUGAAAUUAUAAACACAAGAUAAAAAUAAAGCAAAAAUGGAUUCAAAAAAAUUUAAAUAAAAUGAAAAAAUAUUUAUACCUGCUACCUGCAUCUUCUAAGUACAAUUAUUAUAGAGUACGGUGUAAACACAGUGGCAUUAUGGUAUCAGAAGUGUUUUAAAGCAUUUUUGCCAUAUUGGAAAUGUCUUGACCUAACUUUUCUUCAACCCACCAAGGGGCAAAGAGGUGGCGUUGAGUUGGACCUUUACUCUCCAAGCUGACCACCAAGUCAGCUUUGCUCUCUGUCAGCUAAUUGAACUGAUAACCUUAACAUCUUCAAGAAUUCACCACCUGCACAGUGUGUGUAAACAAAGAAAUGAGCUAUUCAGAAGAACAAAACCACUUUUCCAGAUGGGCAUCCUGUAUGUGUGUCUUCCAGGGCUUUUGCAGCCAGCCUGAAGUGGACACUUAGAGUCUCUUCUUAACUGACUUAAUUUCUUAAGCUUGCAGGUUGCUGAUUGCGAUUACCCCACACAACCCUCAUAAGGAAAAAAAAAAAGUCUCUUUUAACACCCCCCUGCCACUGUAGAAACAUAAUUUUGGCCAUUUAAAUUAUCAGCUGAUUGAAUUGCUUAGGCUUGACUCAAGAGCCAGAAUCUGCUCACUGUUAAAUAUGUUCUCUUUUAGCCAUCUCACCUCAAAAUCAGAGGAGAGUGAUUGAGCUGCUGGUCUUUUUUUACUAAUUUACUAAUUGAAUCUCCACAAUUACCAAACUCCCCAUUUGCUUUCAUUUUAAGCUACAGGCAAAAAAGAAAGACAGUGUGUCUCCAACUUUUAAUUUAUACAAAUCUUUGUCCAAUAUGUAUGUGAGAUAGAGUUAGAGGAAGAGGACAGCAGGCCGGAUAAACACAACUCCAUUAACCCGCCUCCUCACUGGGUCUCCUGCUGUCCAGUUCACACACUCCUGAUUAAUGAGGCUGCUUCAGGAGUCUUGACAUCUCACCGAAAACACUCUCACCUGAUCCCUCACCUCCCUCUCCUCCUGAGCCUCAUCUUCACCUUCCUUUUACCUCGAUUUAUCUUUUGCUUUCAUCUUCACACCUUUUAACCCACAUUCUUCCUCUUCAAAGAAGCAGUAAAAGGUGUGCCACAUCCAGCCAAAUCUCAUAAUUUUCCACAAAGAGGCUGCCUCAUCCGGAGUGGGCAGCAUUCUCUUCUUGCAUUGAUUCAGCAGCUGAUUGACGAUGUUAUGAAAAGAUAGGUGAUUGGAAUCGAAUAAAAGCUGGCGUGUGUUAAGACACACUGGGCUGGCCAAGCCUUGGGGACUCCUCCAUGUUUUACAACUCGAUUCCUCUAUAUUUAGUCUGGCUUGUUAUCAGGACCAGAGCAACUGCCUGCUGCCUCUACAUCCUCUGUCCUGGCAGAGAAGAUAGCCCCCUGAACGUGGAUCCUUCUAAAGUCUCCAUUGGGACAGAACACCUCAAACACCCUACUUGUUGCUGAGAUUACCUGCUUUACUGCGAGGGCUGCUUAAUGCAUUUGGAAUAAGGAGUUUAUUGAUUUGAGUGUUGCUCAGACAGGCUGUUUAAAAGUGGAGCCAAUGCAAUGGUGCCUUAAAAACCUGCACUUUUCUUGUGGCCUUGUAGCCUUCAGUAUCGGCCGAUACCGAUAUUGAUCCAAUAUUGGCACAAACUUGUGCAUGACAAGUUUGGCACUCAGCCAUGUCUUUUUGGGGUUAGAAUAAAAAAUACUGCCACAUAGCUGAUAUCAUUCCUACUCCCAGCUAGUUUGUUGGUACCUUGGUACAUACUGUUGUUGUGAUUACUGGGCUCUGCAUGCUGCUGCUAGAUAGAGGUGGUGGAGCGGAGUUUGGAAUGGACUGCUUGUAUAGGAGCGCUAAUAUCGGAGUUUUAGAUGCAGGCCGAUAUAAUCAGAAUUUUUUUUUUGCUGAUAUAGGACCAAUAUUCGAUAUCAAUAAUAGAUCAGGUCGUCCCUAAUCAUAUGGUUUGGAAUGUAUCAUUAAUCAUAUCGUAUCGUCAAUUAUUGAAUUGAUUGUAUCGUAUCGUAUCAAAUUGCAUCAUAUCAUACCCUAUCAUCGUACCCGUAUCAUAUCGUACAAUAUCAUAAACGAUUGCAUCCAAUUGUAUCAUUUCUCGCCGUAUUGUAUCACAUCAUAUCGUAUCAUACCUACAACAUACCUGUGCCAUAAAGUAUCGUAUUGUAUAGUAUCGAAUCACAUUGCAACCAACCUAACGUAUAGAGUAGUAACCCAUACUAUUUUGUGUCAAAUAGUAUCAUAUAGGAUUAUUUAGUAUCGUUAAACUUUGUAUCAUAACUAAUUUGACCUUUUCUAGUUAUUGUUUCUCAUCAUGUCGUAUCAAGUCGUGUUGUAUCAAAGCAGAUAUUGUUGAAGACAGCAAAGGCAAGAAAGCUUCAAUGUGUGAGUAAGAGAUAAUUGAUGGUAUCACAUCAGAUUUGAGUCAAAGUUUAACCAAACUUGUGCAGGUCCCAUUUGGAAGACCUUCGAAACCUACUUGAACAGGAACUGGAGGUCAUUUGUCAGGCUGUUGAUGAGUUUAGAUGCCGAUAGUUUAGUAUUGCAGACAGCAAGAGAUCCCUUCUUUGUGGUUAAUGGAGCCUGAAUGGAGCAGAGAAAAUAAAGCACCUCAUCCUGUACUAUGUUUAGGUUCAAGUGUAGGUCAAUGAUAAUGGGGAACGCUGCCAAUAUCAUUGAAUUAUUCAGAAUCAUUACCAAAGACAGUUCAGGAGGCUGAUCUUACUCCCUUCAUGGUACAUCAGGAAUUCCUAUCGAUUAGCCAUUAGUCCCGUAUGAUACUGAUAAAUAAUUCAAUGUCCCCUCAUACAAACCCUCAUUAUGGUUUCUGGAUUUAUGAAGGUGACUUAUGUGUCACUAUCAAACUGCAGGUCUGUUGCUUUGCAUUGAGGCAGAGUUCAGCUAAGUGAUUACUCAGAUUUUGAUCCAAUGAAAUUUUUAGUUCGCUUUAGUUUAUGCAACAACCGGCAAACAUCCAUUAACAUUGUUUUCACCUUCUGAACAAGUCAUUUGUUUGGUAUGCUUACACAAGUAAGGACACGGGGAAACUAUCCUACUAUAAUAAGGUUGUUCCCAAUGAUUGAAAAAACGGCACAAUGAUCAGGUUACUUAUUGCUGGUUGUUAUUUUAAAACAUCAGUGGAUAGUCAAGGUCAUGCUUGCUUUGCUUAAAGCUCAAGGGGAGCUGCAGUGAUAUGUGUUGCAUGCAAUAAGUUACAGUAAAAGCCUCGCCGUGCUGCACUUCGGUGGUUUCCUAAGCUCAGAAAAUGGGUUAGUAUGUGAGAUGGCAAGAAAAUGUGGAACAGUGUACUUCUGCUUACAAUUUUCUCUGCACUAAUGGUUUGGGAUGCUGCACUUUCAUUCUGUAAUUUAUAGUCCUGGCUAGUUUUCAGUGUGAGUAAACAAAGACUCCCAAAAACUCCAAGCUGAAAUAGCUCUCUAUAGAACAAAAAAAAAAAAGAUUAUGCAGCUGACCCAGAGACACAGAAAAAACAUUACAAAUAACUGCAGGACUUUUUACAUUACAACACACUCAGCUUGGAAAUACAGAAUUGAUUAAAAGUAAUAAGAUAGCGUCUCUAAUCUCGCUCAGAAACAGCUUAAACUCUCUCAGGAAUUUUUUUGCUGCAUUAUUAAACCUAGCAACAAGGAUUUGCUUACAUUUAACCACUUGACCACUUUGCAUUGAGGUCUGAUUGUUGGCGUUCUAGGUAAGGCCUAGCCAGGUUGAAUGAAUGAAGGAUCAAGGCCCUGAGUCUGCACGAUAAAAAACAAACUCUGUUUAGGAUCUAUGUUUUUGCCCUGGACUCAAGAGACCUCAGAAAGCCACUUAUGAAAUGCUGACACAAAUUCAAAUUAAAAACCCAAUUCCAAAAAGUUGGGACACUGCAUAAAUCACUGCCACGAUUUUUUUAAUCACUUAAACCCUCUAUUUCUCAAAAAAGCUCAACAAAACAUGAUGAAAUAUCUCCCAACUAAUCAGGUUAAUUUGCAACACAACUGGGUGAUUCUAGAGAAGCUGAGUCUCUCUGGACUGAAUGAGAGUAUGACUGUGUGAAGAAAUAACUCAUGAAUUUCUGAGUAAUUAUCCUCUGUGUAAAAGUGCAAUGAAUCAUCUAGAGUAUAAAAUAUCAUUAAAAGACUGGGAGACUCUGGAGUAAUCUCUGAGGCCAACAAAGCAAAACUGGGUGGCUGUGAUCUUCAGGCUCUCAGAUGGCACUACAUUAAAAAACAGAGAUAACUUUGUAGUGUGAAUCAUUGCAUGGGACCAGAAUCACUUCUGUGAACUAAGUUUGCCACAUUAUACACAGUACAGUUGGAAAAUGCCAAACCAGAGUCCACAUUAGGGCUGGGCGAUAUGGCCUCAAAUCAAUAUCACAAUAUAUUGAGCAGUUCACCUCAAUAACGAUAACUGGACGAUGACUACUCCACAAGCCGCUCACCCCCUCCCACAUUAACUCCAUCCUCCUACAACUUUUGAACUGUCCUCCAUCUCCUCACCUGUCUUUCCCUCUUUGUUACGGACUGGAUGGGUUGAAGUCACAUCUCUGAUGUAGGACAGCAUCUUAAAGGGACAUGAGACCAUAACCUACCUACACACAUCCAAAACCAACUUUAAUUUAUUUAUUUAUUUGACACUGAAUAUACCAAUAUGGGCAAAAUGACAUUGGUUAUUAUUGUAAAUUUUCGGUUUAUCGCCCAGCCCUAGUCCACAUAUAUUACAACAGCGUAGCUCCUAAGUAAAAGAGUUCAGGUGUGAACUGGCUUGCCUGCGGUUACAGCUUGUCACUAUUGAAAAUAUUAGGUGCAUUAUCUAACAAACUACAACAAAGGAGACUCUUAAGCUGAAAUUGUAUAUCAGCCAAGACUGGGAGAGCUUUGCAGUUUCAAAACUCCAAAUGUUAUCUUUUUAGUUCCCAGAUGUUUUGUGAUGCAACACAAUGGUAAACACACUCCUGGGCCAACUUUCAAAAGAGCAUGUGUUUUUCAUUCAAUUUCCACUUUUAACAUUUUAUAUGUUUUCUUUGCGCAAUUUUCAAUGAGUUAUAGUGUUUGAAAGACUUUUCUGGGGGGGUUUUGUGCUUGUAAAAUAAAUAGCAGUUGCCUGAGUUAUUAAGAAGAAUUCCCUGACAGAAAGUACAAAACAGAAAAAUAUCAUCCUUGUAUGUAUGAAGUACUUAUUUAUAUUCUUUGUGAGAGGGAAAAAUGAGAAUGGGUGUGAAAGUGAAUAAAAAGGUCAAACAAAUCCAUCAAGCAGGACACACAGGCUCUCUGAGUAUUCGGUGCAUCAAGUCUGGGAUGCAGCUGAAGUAGACUGCUUACUCAAAACCACGUCUCUGCUUCUCUCUGUCUCCUUUUUUCUAGAUCCGACGUGGGUGAACUGGUGUCUGGCCGGCUCCUGUGUCUUCAGCCUCAUCGUUGUCCUGUUCUUCAGGGAGUCUUAUGACCGUCUCUACCUGGACGUCUUCGUCUCUGUGUGAUGCUGCUGAAAAACUACACCACGACUUGACAAAACAGGACUGAAUAAUAAAAAUUCUUGCACAAAAAAGAUGAGAAAAGGGAGAAGAAAGGAAAGUGAGAUGGACACUUCCUUUGACGGUGUAAGAUUUAAGAUGUUGAUGUAUAUAUCGGUUACGGUGGUGAUGGAUGUUUUGUUUUAUGGCUGCCGAGAAGAACCAAGACUUGAUUUGAAAAAAUUAUGUUUACUCUGAUAAUUGAUCGUCUCGAUGCCAUACGACAGCAGAAAACAUCACCACCCGAUUUUAUUUGUCUGUCUACGUUUGUUUGUCAACAAACUUUGUGAGCGGUUUAAUUUUCCUAACCAGGCACAGCAUGACGGACUGAUAGUAGUUGUUGUUUACAGAUGAUAUAAUAUUUAAAGUUCUCAGUGUCGCCCCCUUGUGGCUGCCCGUUUUAACUUUCCUUAAUCGUGUUUCAAAGCUGUACCGGCGUCCAGCCCAUAACAAGGAAGCAUAAAGGAGAGCUUCAUCAGCCAAUCAGCAGGCCUGGCUGCGCUGAGGCGGGACUAAACGUUGGACUUCUGGAGUGUGACUCUCUGAGGAGACCCGGUCGGCACUGUCAAAGUAAACCUGUGAAACUGCCUUUCACUGACGCACAGGUUCUUCUGAGAUGUUUCACCGCCCUCUCCAGAUGAAUAUUAUGCAAAAGUAAUCCUCCACAUUGAUGAUUGGAUGUGAGCCAAAGAUGUGGGCCGGGAUUUGAUGAUAAAUCUGAUCUUUUUUCUGAUCAAUGAACUGUUCAAGUGUGAGGAGCUGAGCUGUUAGAGGGUGUUUCAGUCUAUUUAUGAAUAAUUGUGUCAAAUUUCAGGAGUCUUUCUUUUUAGUAAUCAACCUCAUUGAUAUCUUGUUUUUUUUUUUUUAGAGUUUUAAAAUCUGUUCUCCUCAGCAGCCUGCCAGUAUUUAUUGGAAAUGUCUCAACACUAACAUAUUUAACACCUAGUUUCACUGGAACAUUUUGUUUAUUGACAGUUUCAGCUGCUGUGGAAGAGGCACACUUAGGGAGAUUAUUUUAUUACACAGGCAUUAGGAUUACGUUACGGUGUACAUGCCAAGCUGCUCCUCCAAAGCACCAGCAGGUGUCUCUGCGCCAACUUGAAAGUCUACCAACAAAAAGACCUGAAGGAUGAGAGAGAAACAAAGUUUUCCUUGGAUUCCUUUGCAAAACUUGACGUGUGACAAAGAAAAAGCUCCAGAUCUGGAGGGACGAAAUCACUAAAAAAAAGAAACAGUACGGCUAAUGAAAAACAUCUGUUACUUGAAGACAGAUUUGUUCUCUAACUCGUCGUUGACUUCUUUGUAUGUCUUUGUCCUGCACAGCAGCUAUAAGAGUUGUUUUACUGUGUUUCCCUCUGGGGUUCGAGGAGGCUCUGUAAUGUGUUUCCUGGUGCUUUUUUUUAUUUCCUACUCUCCUUGUACAGAAAGAAAAAGGUUGUCUUUUACCUUUCAACGUGUUGCCUUAAUUGCCCAGUGUGGUGCGUUCGGCCUCCCUCUCCUCCACACUGUGACUCUUUUGUCCGUGUAUGUUGUUAAAGGUCAUGUUCUCCUGUUCUGCAGCACCCUCUCUGUGGUUUUAGCAGGCUUCGGGUUUUAAAUGUCUUUGUUCUGUGGUAAGGAUAAAGAGCAAAUGUGACUGUUUAAUUUUUCCAGCACCUUAUUAAAACAAACAUUUUAAGAAUAAC